AAGGCGGGGCCGAUCGAGGCUUGAGUGGCCGCUGGCUGGUUGUGGGCAGAGUCCUCUUCUCCCCGCCUCCGACGGCCGCGCCUUUCCUGCGAAUCCCGCUACCUGGCCGAGGAGGCGGCGGGCUGGAGCGCGCAGACGGGGUACAAGCCCGGCCCCCGAAGGCGGGACGAGCGAGGCAGGGGAGGGCAGGGGAGGGUCGCCUCUAGGCUGCCGGAUCUCCAGGCGGGCAGAUCAGAACCCAGAGAUCUGUGGCCGGGCGCUGGUGAGCAGCUGGAAGCGAAGGGGCCCCCUCCCACCGCGAAGCGAAGCCCCGCCAUGGGCAGGCACGAGGCGUGGAGACCCCCCGGAUGGAGAUGCUCCUGGCACACGGCGUUCCUAGCAGGUGAGGCGGAUCGGGACCCUAAAAGAGAGCCACAGAUUUGUUUAUUUUGGGGGUGGGGUCUUAAAGGAAUGGGGUGGGGAGGAAUGGGGCUUCUCUCUCUGGCCCCGCUUGCCUGCCCCAACAACUAUGAUUCUGCGUUGAGAUCCCUGCAUUUGCAGAGGGUUGGACUAGACGACCCUCGUGGUCCCAAAGUUGGAACGAAUCCCGAGGGUCAUCUAGUCCAAGCCUCUGUGUGGGGCUCAAACCCACAGCCCUGAGAUUAAGAGUUUUGUGCUCUACCAACUGAGCUACCCAGGGGAUGAUUGCACGAUUCUAGCUCAUAUGAUUACUGUGUUUAUUGCUUUUAUUAAAGCAAGAUCCAUGGAGUGAUCAGAUGUUUUGUGACCAUUCAAUGCAUCACUCUUGAUUUUGGCUUCGGUGCCCCUUAGCGCCAUAGGUCCACGCUCAUGGCAAAUUGCGCCUCUUCCUGAGAAUCUCCUAGGCAUCCACUUUUUAAAAACUUUUGAAUACUUUUGCAGGGUUGAGGUAAUUUCGUGGAACAGGAAGCUACCAAUGGCUGCUAGGCAAGCAGGCUAUAGAUUACCUCCGGUGUCGAAUACAGUUCCUGAAUUCCAGUCCCUGGGGAUCUGGAGCAGGAGGGGGUCUUUGUACUCAAGUCCAGUUUGUGGGCUUCACAGAGGCAUCUGGUCGCCGCUGUGGGACCAGAAUACUGGAUUAGAAGAGUCCGGAUCCAGAAGCCAGGCUGUCCUUAUGUUCUUAGGUUUUACGGGUUCCCUAACCCAAAUCAAAGGAUCUUUCAGCACCUAGAACCUAGUCAAUUCCUCUUCAUAGGGUCAAGUUACAUGGGAGAUCGGUGAUUAGGGUUGCAAUCUUAUGCCCACUUAUCUGGGAGUAAGUCCUACUAAACUCAGUGGGGCUUACUUCUGCGUAGACAUGCAAAUGUUUGCAUUGUAGAUCUCCCAACAGCUUUAAAAAACUUUCAUGAGGAGUGGAGGCAAAAUGGACCAGGGUGGCAGCAUUUGGUGGAGAAGAGCUUAAUUCUCUUCACUCAAACACACCAUGUGACCAAAAUUGCCUGCCACUGCAGGUGUUAAUGGGCAUGAUUUUGGGUCAGUGGUGUCUUUUCCCCCUCGAGGACUAAUGGCUGCUUUUGGAGCGUAGUGCUCAUUUAAGGAAAUAGUCCCGCGAGGUGGGGGGGGGGGAGCAGGGUUUAAAAAAGAACCCCUUUCUCCUGAGCUGCAAUCCUUGUCGAGCUCAUCCUUCUUUGAGGUUGCUGUUGGGCAGGGGUCAGCAAACUUUUCAGUAGGGGGCCGACUCGCUGUCCUUCAGACCUUGUGGAGGGCCAGACUAUAUUUUUUUGGGGGGGAUGAACAAAUUCUAUGCCCACAAAUAACAGAUGCAUUUAAAUAAAGCACACAUUCUACUCAUGUAAAAACACCAGGCAGGCCCCACAAAUAACCCAGAGAUGCAUUUUAAAUAAAAGGACACAUUCUACUCAUGUAAAAACACACUGAUUCCCAGACUGUCCGUGGGCCGGAUUUAGAAGGCAAUUGAGCCUUAAUUUGCCUACCCAUUCUGUUGGGUGACAUGACUUUCCUGCCCAUAGAUCCAAAACAAUUCCAAUGGAAAUUCCCAUCCCCAUGGAAGGGAUGAGAUGGAAAGUGAGAGAGAUAAAAGGAAGGCAAAGGUUAUAGUUCUAUGCACCGUUUGCUGAUAAUGCUGAGGUUUAUAGAAUACUUGUAUGGCUAAGGAAAAGAGGCAGUGUUAGAAACUCAGAUAUAUAAGUUAGGCGCCAAAUGGCUCCUUAAAACAAGGUGCCAAAGCGGAAGACCUAGUUGCCAUUUUGGGGCCAGACAGCUCAAAAGUCAUAUUUUUCAAUACGACUUUUUGGUUCCUGAAGUUCAUUCUGAUUGUGCACCUAAAAUAUAAUGGAUAGAAUUCUACAGGAUGUGUUGCUAGUGCGUGAAAGCAGUCCAUAUCCAAGAAUCCCCAGGCAGGCAAUUCCAGAUGGUGGAGACGUCAGAUGGGAUACCUGUUUCUUGAUUAUACCAUUUCAGAAUGCAGGUGGGGUGUGACAGUUGACUUAAUGAUCUCCAUUUUUUCAAAAAGAUAAUUUUUGUUUAUUUUCUUUUACUUUUGUUCAUAUGCUCAUUAAUGUGGGCAUUGUAAUUAUAUCAGCACUCGUUUGGGCUAAAGUCUCUUUGAAAUGGUGUAAAAGCCCAUAACAGCAAGACUUUGGGGGCAUUUCUUAAUCACCUGAUGGCCUUUUGGAAUAUGAUUACUACAUGUGCUGAUAUCUGUUCUUUUUGCCUAGAACAGGUCUUUUGCUUGCAGUUAAGUUUCCUUCUUUCCUUCUCCACACUGCAGCCUCCGUCCUGAGUUCCUGCUUCCUGUUGACUCGAGCCCAGGAGACAACUGGAAUAAGUAUCAGAGUUGUUCCAGAAGUGCUGAAAGAAGGAGAUAGUGUCACCUUAACACCAGAAGGUCUUGAUCUGAAGAAAAUUGCCAGCUGCAAAUGGUACCGAGGGGCAGUUGAAGAGAGAAACGUUAUUGUUACAUAUUACCUAGUUCCAGUUAGUGGUCAGGAAAAAGGACCUGCCCACACUGGCAGGGAGACUGGGAAGCCAGAUUGCUCCCUUGACAUCACAAAUUUAAAGCCAGAUGACUCUGGAACCUAUUCAUUGAAAACAGAAGGUCUUGGGGUUACCAACACAGGGGCUACAAACAUCACCGUUUCAGGUAUGAUUAACAUGCUCUCCAGUCAUUCUUACUUCUUAUGCACCCAAAUCUAUCUCCUCUGCUGUGGGGUGGAGAGGUCUUCCCCCUUGGUGGAGGGGCGGGGGGGCAGGUUGUUGCUUGUGAAUUUGUCCUAAACACAGUUCCUCUGCCCGAAGAAUGAGGCCCUGCAAAAUUAUCCAUUUUUCCAUCAGAAAACUACCGUAUUUUUCGCCCUAUAGGACGCACUUUUUCCCCUCCAAAAAUGAAGGGGAAAUGUGUGUGCGUCCUAUGGGGCGAAUGCAGGCUUUCGCUGAAGCCUGGAGAGCAAGAGGGUCGGUGCGCACCGACCCUCUCGCUCUCCAGGCUUCAGGAAGCUAUCUGCAAGCCUGGGGAGCCCUGCGGGAACUCCCGCGGGCUCCCCAGGCUUGCAGAUAACAGCCUGCAUCCCGAAGCCUGGGGCACGCUGCACAGCGCGCCCCGGGCUUUAGUUCCCCGACCUGGUUUGGAGGCUGGCUUCUCCCUGCCGCCAGCCCCACAAGCUCGGGGGACAGCGGGGAGGCGGAGUGCCACCAUCCCGCUGUUCCCCGACCUGGUUUGGAGGCUGGCAGUGGGGAGAAGCCGCCAGCCCCACAAGCUCGGGGGACAGAUAUCUGCAAGCCUGGGGAGACCGGUGCGACUUCCUGCCGGGCUCCCUAGGCUUGCGGAUAGCAGCCUGUUCUGGGGGCUGGGGUCGGGGGAAGCUCGGGCUUCCCCCACCCCAGCCCCAUGCCUGGGGGAGAAAUUUUUUCCCCUUUAUUACCCCCCCAAAAACCUAGGUGCACCCUAUGGGGCCAAAAAUACAGUAUACCAGAAUAUGCAAGCCUUGCUACUGCCUUUUUAGCUGUUCAAUGGGGAAAUGUUUGAUGUGAUUUUUUUGGGGGGGGGGAGUUAUAUCCAUUUAAAAGCAUUUUUAAACCAAUUAAUAUUUUAAAAUCCCUAAACUCUGUUACUUGCAAUAGUAGGAAUGGCGGGGGGGGAUCCAAUACAGUUCACAUUUAAAAGCAGACUUUCCUAAGUCACAGUUUCCAAAACAAUAUGAGAAGACAGCCACCCUUUGAAAUUCACACUUACCUGAAUUUUGCAGUUCUCCAGCCCAGUAAUGUGUCCAAAAACACAUACCCCAAGAUAAUAUGUGCAUAAGAAUGCAUAUUUGUGAUAAUAACAUGCAAAAAUGCAUUAUAAUGUGUGUGUUAGGCAAAAUUGGCAAGCAAGUUAUGUACAUUGGGAGAAAUCAUACUAAAAUCCUGUUGAAUUUUUUGAAUUUUCAUGAGGAUUUGUUUUGAUGGGAAAAUGUAUAGAACCGAAUAGUAGAGAAAUGAGAAACUAAAGUUGACAGAUUUGCCUAUUCCUCUGCACUGGUCACCCUAACAGACUGUUGUAUUAGUUAACUCCCAUAAUAUGCUCUCAAUCUGGAUUACUAAAGAGACGUAGACCUGCACCAUUUCCUCCUGUGCUAUCAGUACAUGCUCACAGGGGAAAUCAAGUUCCUGAUUGUUGUUAAUGAUUUAUAGUGCAAAAAUAGGAAAUGGUAGUGACUCCAGAUUAACCAAACUGGAGGGGAAAGAAGGGGUCUUCUGAAUGUGGGAUGUGAGCCAGUCUUCCUGGAUCUGUGGUAUUGAAAAGAAGUUGAUUCAAUUUGGCAAACUUUCUGGAGGAAAAAAAGUAGUUCUCCAUUUUGAGUGAAUGACACAGACAGGAGUGCCAAGAAAAACUAUGAACAGCGGUGCCUGGGUUAUCAAUAGAAUAAGGUUGGCUAUAUUUGUAGGGUGGUACUCUCUGCCAUCUUUCUGCAUCUGGUCUUGCACAAAAGUGAUUGGAGGGCUACCCCAAAGCGGUAGAGCAUCUGCUUUGUAAGCAGAAUGUCUCAGGUUCAGUCCCCAACAUUUCCAGGUAGGGCUCAGGGGAGAAUCCUGUCUGAAAUUGUGUAGAGCAACUGCCGGCUGCUGUAGACAAUAGUGAGCUAGAUAGACUAAGGCAGUGUAAGGCUGUGUUCCUAUAAGGGACAGUUCUUCCCCAUUCUUUUGGACUGGGGGCUAUCCUGCCUUGUUACCUUGGUGAAACUUUCCCGGGGAUGUCUUUAUACAAUGACGUUGGAGCAAAUUAAUCCACUGUUUUGCAUGUGCUGUUCUAGUAUGCAACAGGCUGCCGAGCUGCAGAAAGCGAGUGGAGCAUCUGCACAUUGAGUUAAGGCCACAUGGAGGCUGAUGUGCAUGACCCAAGUGACAUGAUGAGAAGGGAGUUGGGUGAAUAUGUGUUGCAUUGCUGGUUACAUUGUUGUCAUGGCGUGGGUUUGUUCCAUGUACACCUCGCUUGAACCAGAGAGUUUUCCAAAGUGCCAAAACUGGUGUUACAUCCGACUAAGGAUGUGUUCACACUUCUUCUGUUUACAGUGCACUUGCACUGCAUUUCCAGGGCUGGGUUUUUUAAAUCCCUGUUCACAUGACGUCGGCCAAAAUGCCCAUGUUAUCUUGUAUUUUGUUAUAAGAUGCUACUGUUUGAUGUGUUGUUUCUCAAACCAGCUUCACCCCAGUUGGAAUCCUUAAGGUCUGGACACCUUUGCAUAGGGUAGAGACAUCCCCACUUUGCCAAUGCCCCCUGGUGUGUGUGCAAACAGAAACAAAUCUGACAUGAAUGAAGAUGCGCUUAUGUGAACAGCUUGCAAGGGUGAGGAGCAGGGAAAUGCUUUAAGACGGCAGUAUCUACCCAAAGUUCUACUUGAAAAUGACCCUCUGAAAUGAAAGGACCAAAUUUAGUCAUGUCAUUUCAGUGGGCCUACUCUGAGAAUGACUAACAUUGGGUGCAACCCAUUGUCAUUAAAAUGAGUAGAAGAAGCAAGAGUGACCCAUGAGCAGCACUGUAGGAAAUGGACAGACCUGACUCAUGGGGUGCAAUAUACAUAGGACUUAUUGCAAUGAACAAGAGCUACAUACUUAAAAGAGACAGGUGCAGACAAAUCUAUUGAUGCAUUGCACCUCAUGUUAAUUACCGUAUUUUUCACUCUAUAAGACGCACCAGACCACAAGACGCACCUAGUUUUUGGAGGAGGAAAACAAGAAAAAAAUAUUCUGAAUCUCAGAAGCCAGAACAGCAAGAGGGAUCACUGCGCAGUGAAAGCAGCAAUCCCUCUUGCUGUUCUGGCUUCUGGGAUAGCUGCGCAGCCUGCAUUCGCUCCAUAAGACGCACACACAUUUCCCCUUACUUUUUAGGAGGGAAAAAGUGAGUCUUAUAGAGCAAAAAAUACGGUAGUUAUACAGUGGGUUCCACUGGACUUUUCCUUGUUUUGCACCAAAAUGCCUUUGCUUGCUCCUGAAUGGCAGAGUUGGCGUAUCAGUACCCCAGGAUGAUUUAAAUACAGUCUGAUUUGACUUAGCAGAGGUGAUUCCCCAAACCUGGUUGCCUGCGUGGACUUUGGGUUUUAAUAUUCCAGGGGUGCCCUGUGCAACGCUCCCUGCGGCACCCUCUUGGCCCAGCGCCCAGUGCGGGCGAAGCAAUCAUGCUCUCCUAAAUUCGCCUCUGCAUGCAUGUUCUCACAUGUAUGGAUUCCUAGAUUGUAGUCUGUAUCACUGAUGUUUGUGUGUUUGGGUCACAUUUGUUCAUAUGCUACAGUAUACCAGCUAUAUUCAUCUGAGUGUUGCAACGCGUGCUAUCAUAUUCUGUUAAAAGGGUAUUAAACUUGAGUAGGUAUGAAUGGAAUUCAGAAUUCUAAAAAAUCUGCAUAUUUGGCAGGGAGGUUUUCUGAAACACUGAAUGAGAUCAUGGAUUUGUGAAAUCUUAACUAUUUUCCAAAGUUGCUGGGCAUCUAUUUGUUUAUUUAUUUCUGCUAAUAUGCCAAAAUGGUUGUCUGAUCUAGCUUUCUGACAAUAAUCGGACUGUUGAUAUACAUUAUCCACAGGGUUGCUGGAAAUGCACAUGCGUGAACCAGCACUGAAAUAUUAUCAGAUCAAACACUUGUACAGCGCUUGAAUACUUGUAGCCGAAUGUGGGAACUGAAAAAACACCGAACGCUCAAUUACUUGUCAAUUAUAGAUGUGUUCUCCAUCCAUCAGACUCCGUGGAAGCAUCUCUGUUCUUUUCUGUUUUUGUUAAUACAUUUCCAAAGUGCUUAUUUGCUGGGUAUUUGUUUCUAUCAAGCGUCAGUAGGAGAAAGAAACUGUUGUUAAUGGUUCUCUGUUGGCAACCCUCUGGUUUCAAACCAGUGAUAUGAUAGUUCCAACCUGCAGCUGAUGUGAGCUGAUGCUGGAUGAAGCAGCUCACUUUGGGCAUCCAAUUCCAGGGUGCUAUUAAGAGUCAGAAUGCAAUUCAUGAUCUGGUGGUGGUGGUGGUGUUAUAUUUUACCGGCAUUUGGAUUGCCAUUUGGAUUUUCCUGCCUUGGGUACCACCCGGCUUCUAAAAUGGGGACUGUCUUUGGUUCCCUUUCUCAUGCUUUCGCAUAGCUCAGCAAUGAUAACACUGUGUCUCUUCCAUCUGUAGAACAUCUCUCCAAGCCCAAGGUGCUUGUUUCCCCAUCCCCUUUCCUAACUGAGUUCGAGACUGCCAUUUUAACUUGCAACACCACGCCUAGAAUUGUCAGUGUCGCCUGGUUCUGGGAUGGAUUGCCUCUCAGGGAGAGCUCUCAGAUGCAGCUUUCUGAUGCUAAUCGGACUCUCACCAUCCACGGCAUAAACCGCAGCGAUGCUGGGGAAUAUCGCUGUCAAGUGUCCAACCCAGCCUACACUGAAAUGAGUGAUGCCGUAUACAUUUCAGUGUUCUGUGAGUAUCUGUCUCCAAGCGCCGUCCAUUGGACCUGUCCCGGUCUCUGCUUCUUCUCUGUCCUGUGGUAUCUUCUCCCGCCUCUACAUCUCUUCAGGUGCUUUGGUUUCGAAAAAAGUCUUAUUUUAUUUCUGAUUCUUCAGAUCUCUCCGGGUUUCUUCUAGGGAACUUCUUCAUGAUGCUUGGAUAGAGAGUCAAGAUAUGGUGAUUGAACUGUGCCAAUGCAAUGUGCAAAUUUUGUUGUGGUAUCCAUGAAAACCUAGUCCCAACGGUUCAGUUCAGAAAUCCACCUCUGCUGCUGACUGACUCUAGCACCUUGGUCACCUUCCUUGUCUUCUCUGUUCCUCAUUAGAUUAAAUUGUAGUUUACCCUCACCUUCUAACAGGAAUGGUCCUGUUCAGUAUCUUUGCCAGUCUGCCAUGCCCUCCUCCAGAAUAUCCCAUUUCAUUCCCCGCCCUGUUUUCCAUUUUUUCUUCUUUUCCAACAAACAACAUUAGGUGGCUCAGUCCACAUGGCUGUUUUUGCUGCCUUUGAUUGCUUUUAAAUAAAGAUUUGGCAUAGUUAUACAAACCUCAGAAUUCCUCCAAGCACUUCCUCUCAUUUUCCCAGUGGCAUAUAUAAAGUGUACAAUAGGUGUGGUUGGGUUGUUUUUUUUUUACAACGAGCGAAACAACCAUAAAAUAAAUGCAGGUUAAAGUCCGAAUUGGAUUUCCACAUGAAAUCAAAGUUGACUUGUCCUUCUGGGAACAACACGCGGAAGGAUAAUAUUAAUAAUAUGGCCCAACGAGUCUGGAUUACAUUUUUGAAGAGAGGAAGCAACAGAUCAUUCCAAAUAAAAGCAUGAAACAGGUAGUCCCAAGAAGAAGCAUGAUGUCGUGGAACAUAAGUUUUGUAGUAACUGAAAACAGUUAAGUUUUUUAGUAUUUAAUUUAAAUAUAUGUGUGUGUUUGCCAUGUAGGGCAGGCAGCAUUUGUUCUGUCUCAAGCACCAUAUUGAGGGCCUUACACAGGAAGGAGUGAAGCCAUUGAGAACUAGGAAGAGAAAUGGCCUGAGGAUUUCCCUCAGAUUCAUCCUAGCUCUGCCUCAGUUUGAACAUUUCGUGGGUCAAACUGGCAUGUGGCUCUUCCAGGCAAUUUAUUCAUGUUCCUCUUGCCUGAGGGAGAUUAUUUGUGGACAUGGGAGGAGGCUGAGAAAUCUCCAAAAUCUCGCUUUGAGGCCCACUUAUAAAAUCCCAGACUCCCACCCUUUGAGCAGAGAACACUGACAGACAUGUUCUCUUCAUGAAGAUUAAAUGAACCAAGCUGCCAACAUCUUUCUCUUUUUUUUAUCUAUUUCCUUCCCUUUUCUUGCCCACUUCAGAUAAUUCUGAAGCAACAAAUAAAUCAGGAGAGGGAUGUGUGAGGGUUUGCCCCAGAGUCUAGUCAGGUGUGAGGGAGAACGGGCUUGGGCCCGGUCUUGGCUGCCACAGAAAGGCCUCUGCAGGAUUUUCCCCCCUCACGCAGUUUUGUUUUUCUCUUCCUCCUCCUCCUCUGUUUCUCAUUAACUUGACAACUGUUUUUAUUUGCUGGCGUCAGGCGCAGGUUGCUGGCACCGCUCACUGUGGCUCCCUUGGGUAAAAGGGCACCCAGGCAAGCGAGGCGAGGCAGGACGGGGCGGCCUUUUGCAACCGAAAGGCAUAAAGGCCUGCUCUGCUAGGGAGCUGAAAAAGGAGGUUUAUUAACAAGGCUCUUCUUGCAAAAAAGGGAAUAUAGCCGCAGCUAUGCCUUUUAUCAAAGGAGGUGCGAUUUUGAGGCUCCGAGUUAGCCCACCUUCACCACACAACUCUCCCUUCUCCAACCCAAUAAUAUAGUUUGCGGUAGUUCAAGGAGUUUAAAAAGUGUUCUUGGGGAUAGAUUUAAAUGCAGAACAAAGCAUGCAACUUUUGGGGGCUGCACUGGCAAAACUGAGGCAGAAUGAGCCAGACGUCAAAGAGUUCAUUGUUGUGACUAUAGUAUAUAUCUGGUCCCAUCUUGGUAAUUAUUUCAGUUAUUAGAAAGGCAGAGCUGGGAAAACAGGCCCACAGUGCCUAACGGUCAUUAAAGUUCCUUAUUCUCCAAAUAGCAAAUUCAAUUUCACCAACUAUAGCAUAUAAAAUGAGAUUGCAAGGCAUGAUUAUUAUUGUUUCAGCAAAAUGGCUUCCCCUAUCAGUCUACUGGAAAGGCAGAUUAGCUGCUGUUCUCUGCUGUCUUCAGAAGCCUUCGCCCUAAUACACAGACACAACUUGCAUUUUUUAAAAACUGAAGAAAAAUUAAUUUAAGUCUGCUCAGGUACGCAACUCGGCCUUCAGAAACGCCUGGAUGAACUUUAGCCAUAAUUUCUUUAAAUAAUUUUGUAAUUAAAUUUUCAACAAAAAAAACCACUGACAAAUACAAUAACAACCACAAACAAAAGAAAAAUAUGCACAAAAACAACAUCAAAACCAUAAAACGGGAUUCUCUGAACCCCGUGACUUCGCUCCCACCCACCCACCCCCGGUUCCUUAAGUUUUCUUUUCAGCUGCAUAUCAUUUCUACUCCAAAUUAUUAUUUUUUACCUCAGAUUUCCUGUACUAUUUCUAAAAUUACAAGUGUUUUUAAAAUCCUGCCAGUGUAUUAACGAACUUUAGGCAUAAAUUCUAGUGUUUCUGUUUUAGUUAUGGACAGAGCACGCAAACUAUGAACGAUCCACAAAAGUUUUGUAUGGGUGGCAGGACAGAAGGCCGUGGGCUCCAGGCCAUAGCUGUCAACUUUUCCCUUUUCUUGCUAGGAAUCCUAUUCGGAAUAAGGGAAUUUCCCUUAAAAAACGGGAAACGUUGACAGCUAUGCUCCAGACCCAUUGGGAAAAUCCUCUAUGAAAACAGCGCACAGCCAUCUCUGAUCUGUAGGGCUAAAUGAUCUGACUGCAGCCGCUUUUCCUCCAUUCCGUAUAAGUGAAUAGAGCUGUGAAUAGUCUGUUUCCUCCACUAGAAACCGGGUAAGGAGGAUUCAAUCAGGGAAACCCUUUGCGAAGGAAACACAAUCUUUCUGUGCUGCAUUUUUAAUGCUUAUUGUUUUGAUCUUUUCACUUGCCGGCCUCCUUGGGAGAACUCGUUCAUAAAGGCAGGAUGAUAAAUAAUUACAAUGAAGGUAUAAAUAAGUAAAAAAAAUGAAAUGCCUCCACCACCCUGGUUGCAUACAAGAAGGCUGAGGGCCAACUUUUUGCUGGGGGCAGCAAAAUAUUUUGAGCCAUCCCUGUUAGGCGGACUUCCUCCUGUGCCACUUCCUGCGGCACAUCCCAGAGAACAUCUCUCAGAGGCUGCUAGUAUGUGCAGCCAUCGCUCCUGUGCUGUAUUCUGUGUCCCUGCAGAAUAGGAAUCAGCCAGUUGAGCAUUUUUAUUGCGUCAUCUAAAUAAAGGUCAUUCCAGUUCUCCCUAGAGACAUGUAGAAUAGGAACAGCAGUGUCUGGAAAUGGUGCCAGCUAGUACUGACAGGUUGUCCUCCAAACAGGUGCUGUUUGUACAAUUGAUUUAUUUCCUUCUUCCUAGUGCAGAGCCCUGACAAUGAAUAGAAAGUUUGAUCCUGGUCUCAGCCGUGGCUCAAACUAAACCAUGAGGGCACUUCUCUCAGUCCUGCUAAUUUUCUCAGUCCUGCCCUCUCUGUCUACAGUUGAAAAGGAAUUUUUAUUAUUUCUUUCCUGCCCUGUACCUGUCGGUACUAUAAAGCUGCCUCUCAUUUUCAUUUCAUUUCUGAUUUGUAUACCACCUUUUUAUGUUACUCUGCGCAAGUAUCUUACUAUAUAACAAAGAUGGCACACCUUAUGACAAUCUGAUCCUAUACAAAAAUGUCAUGAUGAAAGCCUAAAAUAAACAACUUAUAUCAAAUAAACUAAUAUUCAAUCAUCCAUUAGGAUAUAAUAAUAGCACACAAUGAAGUUAAAUAUCAGCAAAUAAUAAUUAAACAGAAAUUCACUCUUAACAGUUACGAUAAAUAAUUUCCAAACUAUAAUCAACAAAAAUAGCAGCAAGUCACAGUGCAUAAAAUAACACAAUACAAAUUGUGUUUGCCAGUAAGUUGCGUUGUGGGCCAUUUCAAUGACAGUCUAUAGUUCAACAAGAUAAAGUUGCAUGCUUUGAAUACGGAAGUUUCUGGAUUCUGUGCCUCGCACCUCAAGUGAAAGGUUAUGGAAAAGACCUUUGCCUGAGAUCUUGGAGACCUAUUACCAGUUGCAUUCAAUAGUAUUGUGUUAGCUGGACAAAUGGUCUCACUUAAAUAGCUUCCCCUUGUAUGUUACUGAGGCAUUUCUCUUCCACAGCUAGCUGGAAAUGGAAUUAAAAUAGAUGGUGCUUAAUACUAUGCCAUUUUGUAUACAGCAAUAGCUGUCCAUAUGGCCAGGAUCCUUCUGUAGUGUCUACUCACAAAAGCAUCCCAUUCAAGAAAGGCCCCCUUGAAAGCCUCAGUAAUAUUUUAUUCACACCAGACAUCAUGUUUAGGCUAGAAUUACUUUUAUAGCAAGCUCCUGCUCAUACCAAGGGACGUGGGUGGCGCGGUGGGUUAAACCACAGAGCCUAGGACUUGCCAAUCAGAAGGUCGGCGGUUCAUGACGGGGUGAGCUCCCGUUGCUCGGUCCCUGCUCCUGCCAACCUAGCAGUUCAAAAGCACGUCAAAGUGCAAGUAGAUAAAUAGGUACCGCUCCGGCGGGAAGGUAAACGGCAUUUCCGUGCGCUGCUCUGGUUCGCCAGAAGCGGCUUUGUCAUGCUGGCCACAUGACCCAGAAGCUGUACGCUGGCUACCUCGGCUAGUAAAGCGAAAUGAGUGCUGCAACCUGAGAGUUGUCCACGACUGGACCUAACAGUCAGGGGUCCCUUUCCCUUUCCCUUUACUUGCUCAUACCACCAUAUGUCAGGUUCGAAGGCAACACAGAAAACCCUGGGACACAACAAUUUCCCAUAAAAAGUGAAGGAGAAAUGGAUGGGAACUCCUAGGGAAGGGACUAGUGUGGAUGCAACCUCAGUGUAAUUCCAGAAGCUGCUGAGCAGGGCCCUAUAGUAGCUGUGCAGAAAUUGUCUGAAGUGGGGUUUUGGGAUCUCAUUUUGCAACCAGAAAGCAGAGGUGGAACAAAGGGGAAGGAUGCGUACCAAGGUGACAAUGACGAAAACCAGCAGCCUGCAGCUAAGACUCAUCACUGUAGAUCUGUAUGGAGAUACACCAAGCUUGUUGUCAUAACAUCUUCUAGGGGUGAGAUGCACAGGUCUCUAGGAUGCCUGUCAAGGAGCAGCAAAUAGACCCAUGUGAAGAGAUAAGUCCUAGCAAGGUUCUCUCUUAGCACUGUUCUGUUUACUUGUGUCUGUCACCUUUCCCCGGAACAUCAGGGGGCUAAAAAUUCCCUGUCUUUCUGGCUCCAUCUUGUUCUGGUGAAGGAAUCUUUCAUGUUGCGAAGGGAUGGGAGGGAAUCUCAGUCACCUGCUGGAAUAACAACAUGAUAGCUUCAUCUGUUUGCCUCAGUUGGACCCGAAACACCUGCGAUCCAGCCAAAUACAAGCGUUUACAAUGAGCAUUCUGACAUCCAGCUCACCUGCACAGCUAUUGGAGAGCCUGCUAUUGUCUAUACUUGGUUUAUCAAUGGGACAGUAUAUUCUGUCGGAUCCCAACUGCUCAUCCGAGACAUUUCUGUGGAGCAGUCUGGGACGUAUCUCUGCAAGGCGGUGAAUAAAGUGACUCGUGACCAGAAAAACACCACCCUGGAAAUUGAGGUGGUGGGUGAGUAGCUCGAGAAUGGCUAUCUGUUGCCACUAUUGAAGGAACAUGAUCUGCUCCGACCUGUUUACUGAUUACACCCUGCUGUCAAUUUGGGUUGAUGAAGCGUUCUCUUUAUAUCUGAAUUUGGACCUCCAGCUCUUAGCUUGUUGUCUCUCAUGCUGUGAUCCCACUGUGCUUUCAUCCAGUGGCUGAUUCUUGUUUGUUUUAUUUUCAUGUCCUUUCUCCCUUAGGGUGUGUCCAAUCCAGCAUUCUUGAUGCUUUAGAUUUUUCAUCUCAGCUAUGACCAUUUGAUUUGUUUUUUUGGUUUGUGGGGUCAGGAUGGAAUAUGGUGCUGAUUGUUAGCCACAAAAUCUCAGUUCUUUGUGAAGUGCUAUCUUCUGUCUUAAAUGUUGUCGAGGAAGCAAACUGUCAACUGGUAGUACAACACUCUCCCGGCGUUGAUUUUUCCAAUGGUCUCUUCCUUUGUCUGUCUGGGCCCGGUGCCUGUUUCUCUUAAUAUUGGUUCUUUUCCAAAUUGAUCAAAACCCAGGGCUGUUGCACUACAAGAAACAUGGAGCCCUUUUGCAACUUUUCUUUCUCAACAGGAGAGGUACGUAAUGUGACCAUUUCCGGCCCCUCUAAUGCCAAAGAAAACGAUAGUGUCACUUUGAACUGCGAUGCUCCUGGCACCAAUGUUUCGUAUUACUGGCUGAAGGGAAGCCAGCUGAUUGAAGGAGGAGGUCAUAUCUCUCUAGACAACAACAACCAGAGGCUCAUUCUCAACCCAGUCACCAGGAACGAUGAGGCCAACUACACCUGCUUUGGGAACAACAGCUUCUCUGAAAGUUCCAGUGAGCCACAUUGGCUGCAAAUCUUCUGUAAGUCUAGACUAUGUGGGCAAUGGCAGGCAACUGGGGUCCCAUAGUCCAAACCCAGCCGCAGUCAAUCAUAGAUUGCCCCAUCACAUUCUACCUUCUGUAGCAGACAGAAGUGGCUUUUUUAGCUCUUAUCACAGCUGGCUUCAGGAGAGAGGAGAAACUGCCAGAGUCUGUCCUGUGCACACGUUUGCUACAGCCUCCCUCUUUUUCUGAGAGCAGUGUGGCUCUCCAUUGCAGCUAGCUAUGAGUUUACUGGCUACAUGAAGUCAAGAAAAGUAAGAGAUUUGACCCACACCUGGCACUCAACUAUGCAUUGGUCCGCAGGUCAAUCGUAUUGCUAACCCCUAAUUCUAUUGUUACUGUUGGAGGGUUUUUUCUAUUCUCCAAUUCAUCCAAGAAAGCCCUCCCCCCCCUCCCCGAAAUGCUUCUAGUGCACAAAUUUCAAAUACAAAAUACAACAUCCUUACGGAGUUGAAAGUGUCAUUUUAGGUAACCUUGUGUGUAGCAUGCAGGGGACUUUGCCUGUUUGGGCUAUCCCAACAAAAGACAUAGAGAAAACUGAAAUAAUCAUUGGUUUUCAAUACAUCUGUCUUUUGAUCAAUAGGCUGAUUGAAAUAUCAUCUGCACCCUGAUCAUGUUUCUGCUCCUUAAUAGAUCAAUACCAAAGGAAAGGCUCAAGAGUGGGUAGUGAGUGAUUUCCCCUGAAGUUCAUACUCUUUGCAUCUAAAAGAGUCAUCUGUUACCUAGAGCCAAUUAUAAUGAUAUACUGUAUAUCUUCCCAAAUACCCUAGAGGUCAUAUAUUCACUGAGCAUCCAUUCCCAGGGUGGGGCAUCUAUUUUUCUCCAGGUCAGUAAGAUCGCACGGGGACAGCAGGUUGCAGCAGCAAAGGUUCCAAGGGCUCUGUGUUUUGGCAUCAGUGUAGUAACAACUGAGUAGCGCCCUUCCUACUAGCACAGCCUGGCCCUUUCCAACUUGUGGUUUCCUGUAUUUGCUUCAGACGGGCCCGACAUCCCCACAAUCGACCCUCAGGACCCAGUUUAUAGAGACCAAUCCACCCUUAACCUCUCGUGUUCUGCCAACUCCAACCCACCUGCCAAUUAUUCUUGGUAUCAUAAUGAGAAACUUCUGGAAGCUCAGAACGAGUCCCAACUCCUGAUCUCGCAUCUUUCUCUAAAUGAUGCCGGCAAAUAUACUUGUAAUGCCACCAAUGAUGUCACCGGCCUUUUCAGCCACACCAGCCUGGAGAUCAGCGUCCUGGGUGAGUAGCUUGAAAGCCAGGCUGCAUCCUAGGCUAACUUGCGCCUUCCUGUGGCUGAUAAGACUGUCCUUGCAGUCACUGCUUCAUCUGUACAACGGGGACUUGAUUGCGCGAACUCUGUCUCCUGGCCAUUUUGGCUAAAAGGAUGCAUUCCUCGUAUUCUGUCACCUCACUGUCCCUUUACAGUAUCCAUGGCAAUCACUCCAGUUCAGUUCUUGAUGUACCAUGAAGUUUCUCUUCUUCAGGUCAAAUCCAGUUCCUGGUCUUGGAGUCUCUCUGUCUCUUACCAUAUUUCUGGACUCACACUACUUUUUUCCUGUCAAUGAAAACUCCCAGAUAACAAACAAAAAUGUGCCUCUCUCAUCUGCCUCUAUCCUUUGUUGCCUCAGUCCUCACUUUUCCUCAUGGUUUGUUGCUCAUUCCAAGUCACAAACUCUCAGUAAAUGGACCAUUUCUGUUUCUUGUAUGCAGUCAACCUUUCCAGGGUUCCAAAGUUUUGCUAGAUGUCUUCCAACUUCCUCUGGUAUCAACUGGAAGAUUUAACCGGUCACUAAGUCUUUAUAUUUCCUUUAUAAUAACAAAGCUAAUUUUCAUUUCACUGUCUUUUCGAGCUAGUUUUCUUUUUUGAGAGGGGGUAGAAUAUGGCAGAAAAUCUCAGUUCUUUGUGAAAUGCUACCUUCUGUCUUAAAUGUUGUCGAGGAAGCAAACUAUCAACUGGUAGUACAACACUCUCCCGGCAUUGAUUUUUCCAAUGGUCUCUUCCUUUGUCUGUCUGAGCCAAGUGCCGGUUUCUCUCAAUAUUGGUUCUUUUCCAAAUUGAUCAAAAUCCAGGGCUGAUGCACUACAAAAAACAUGGAGCCCUUUUGCAACUUUUCUUUCUCAACAGGAGAGGUACGUAAUGUGACCAUUUCCGGCCCCUCUAAUGCCAAAGAAAACGAUAGUGUCACUUUGAACUGCAGUGCUGCUGGCACCAAUGUUUCGUAUUACUGGCUGAAGGGAAGCCAGCUGAUUGAAGGAGGAGGUCAUAUCUCUUUAGACAACAACAACCAGAGGCUCAUUCUCAACCCAGUCACCAGGAACGAUGAGGCCAACUAUACCUGCUUUGGGAACAACAGCUUCUCUGAAAGUUCCAGUGAGCCACAUUGGCUGCAAAUCUUCUGUAAGUCUAGUCUGACUAUGUGGGCAAUGGCAGGCAGCUGGGGUCCCAUAGUCCAAACCGAGCCGCAGUCAGUCUUAGUUUUCACCAUCACAUUCUAAUUUCUGUAGCAGACAAAAGUAUAUCUUUCAGCCCUUAUCACAACUGGCUUCAGGAGGAAGUCGAAACUGCCAGAGUCUGCCCUGAGCACACGUUUGCUAUAACCUCCCUCUAUUUCUAAGAGCAGUGUGGCUCUCCAUUGCAACUAGCUAUGAGUGUACUGGCUGCAUGAAGUCAAGAAGAGUAAGAGAUUUGACCCACACCUGGGACUCAACUAUGAAUUGGUCCGCAGGUCAAUCGUAUUACUAACCCCUAAUCCUAGUGUUAUUAUUAGACGUUUUUUUUCCUAUGCUCAAUUUCAGCCAAGACAGGCCCCUCCCUCACUCCCCCGGACACUCUCCAAGUACACAAAUAGAAAUUUCAAAUAAAAAAUACAACUACCUUAUGGAAUUGAAAGGCUUAUUUUAGGUAACCUUGUGUGUAGCGUUCAGGGGACUUUGCUCAUUUUCCAAAGGCCAGAAAGCUGUAACUGAAGCUUGAAAGUCUAGUGGCCAAUAGGGAGGAAUACUAUAGAAGGGAUCCGGUAUUAGUUGCCUUGAGUCACCCAAAUCUGCGAGCAACUCGGCUCACUGAUACACCCAGUUUCAACAAUCCCCAACAAAAGUUGUGGAGAAAACAGAAAGAACUGUUUGGUUUUACUGCAUCUGUCCCUUUGAUCAAUGGGCUGAUUGGAAUAUUAUCUGCAUCCUGAUCAGCUUUCUGCUACAUGAAAGGCUAAAUAAUGAGGAUUUAGCAUUACUACCCCCCAGCUCAAACCCUUGGGGCCUUAUAUUCUUCCAAACAACCCCGAGGUGAUAUAUUCACUGAGCAUCCAUUCCCAGGGAUAUUUCUCCAGGUUGGAAUUGUUGCAUGGGGACAGCAGGUCCGGGAAAAAACACGGUUCCAGUGGCUCUAUAUUUUGGCAUCAGUGUCGUAACAACAGAGUAGCACCUCUUCUACCAGCACAGCCUGGCCCUUUCCAACAUGUGGUUUUCCUAUAUUUGCUUCAGACGGGCCCGACAUCCCCACAAUCAACCCUCAGGAGCCAGUUUACAUUGAGCACUUCCCCCUUAACCUCUCGUGUUCUGCCAACUCCAACCCACCUGCCAAUUAUUCUUGGUAUCAUAAUGAGAAACUUCUGGAAGCUCAGAACGAGUCCCAACUCCUGAUCUCGCAUCUUUCUCUAAAUGAUGCCGGCAAUUAUACUUGUAAUGCCACCAAUGAUGCCACCGGCCUUUUCAGCCACACCAGCCUGGAGAUCAGCGUCCUGGGUGAGUAGCUUGAAAGCCAGGCUGCAUCCUAGGCUAACUUGCGCCUUCCUGUGGCUGAUAAGACUGUCCUUGCAGUCACUGCUUCAUCUGUACAACGGGGACUUGAUUGCGCGAACUCUGUCUCGUGGCCAUUCUGGCUUCCAGGAUGCAUUCCUCGUAUUCUGUCACCUCACUGUCCCUUUACAGUAUUCAUGGCGAUCACUCCAGUUCAGUUCCUGAAGUACCAUGAAGUUUCUCUUCUUCAGGUCAAAUCCAGUUCCUGGUCUUGGAGUCUCUCUGUCUCUUACCAGAUUUCUGGACUCACACUACUUUUUCCCUGUCAAUGAAAACUCCCAGAUAACAAAGAAAAAAUGCGCCUCUCUCAUCUGCCUCUAUCCAUUGUUGCCUCAGUCCUCACUUUUCCUCAUGGUGUGUUGCACAUUCCAAGUCACAAACUCUCAGUCAAUGGACCAUUUCUGUUCCUUGUAUGCAGUCAACCUUUUCAGGGUUCCAAAGUUUUGCUAGAUGUCUUCCCACUUCCUCUGGUAUCAACUGGAAGAUUUAACCUGUCAUUAAGUCUUUCUAUUUCCUUUAUACUAAGAAAAGCUAAUUUUCAUUUCACUGUCUUUUCAAGCUGGGUUUUUUUGGGUUGGGAGUAGAAUAUGGCAGAAAAUCUCAGUUCUUUCUGAAGUGCUAUCUUCUGUCUUAAAUGUUGUCGAGGAAGCAAACUGUCAACUGGUAGUACAACACUCUCCCGGCAUUGAUUUUUGCAAUGGUCUCUUCCUUGUCUGUCUGGGCCCAGUGCCAGUUUCUCUCCAUAUUGCUUCUUUUCCAAACUGAUCAAAAUCCAGGGCUGCUGCACUACAAGAAACAUGGAGCCCUUUUGCAACUUUUCUUUCUCAACAGGAGAGGUACAUAAUGUGACCAUUUCCGGCCCCUUUAAUGCCAAAGAAAACGAUAGUGUCACUUUGAACUGCAAUGCUCCUGGCACCAAUGUUUUGUAUUACUGGCUGAAGGGAAGCCAGCUGAUUGAAGGAGGAGGUCAUAUCUCUUUAGACAACAACAACCAGAGGCUCAUUCUCAACCCAGUCACCAGGAACGAUGAGGCCAACUAUACCUGCUUUGGGAACAACAGCUUCUCUGAAAGUUCCAGUGAGCCACAUUGGCUGCAAAUCUUCUGUAAGUCUAGACUGACUAUGUGGGCAAUGGCAGGCAGCUGGGGUCCCAUAGUCGAAACCGAGCCGCAGUCAGUCUUAGUUUUCACCAUCACAUUCUAAUUUCUGUAGCAGACAAAAGUAUAUCUUUCAGCCCUUAUCACAACUGGCUUCAGGAGGGAGGAGAAACUGCCAGAGUCUGCCCUGAGCACACGUUUGCUAUAGCCUCCCUUUUUUUCUAAGAGCAGUGUGGCUCUCCAUUGCAACUAGCUAUGAGUGUACUGGCUGCAUGAAGUCAAGAAGAGUAAGAGAUUUGACCCACACCUUUGACUCAACUAUGAAUUGGUCUGCAGGUCAAUCGUAGUGCUAACCCCUAAUCCUAUUGUUAUUAUUAGAUAUUUUUUUCCUCUGCGCCAUUUCAGCCUUGACAGGCCCCUCCCUCACUCCCCCGGACCCUCUCCAAGUGCACAAAUAGAAAUUUCAAAUAAAAAAUACAACUACCUUAUGGAGUUGAAAGGGUUAUUUUAGGUAACCUUGUGUGUAGCAUUCAGGGGACUUUGCUCAUUUUCCAAAGGCCAGAAAGCUAUAACUGAAGCUUGAAAGUCUAGUGGCCAAUAGGGAGGAAUACUAUAGAAGGGAUCCGGUAUUAGUUGCCUUGAGUCACCCAAAUCUGCAAGCAACUUGGCUCACUGCCACACCCAGUUUUGACAAUCCCAACAAAGGUUGUGGAGAAAACAGAAAGAACUGUUUGGUUUUACUGCAUCUGUCCCUUUGAUCAAUGGGCUGAUUGGAAUAUUAUCGGCAUCCUGAUCAGCUUUCUGCUACAUGAAAGGCUAAAUAAUGAGGAUUUAGCAUUACUACCCCCCAGCUCAAACCCUUGGGGCCUUAUAUUCUUCCAAACAACCCCGAGGUGAUAUAUUCACUGAGCAUCCAUUCCCAGGGAUAUUUCUCCAGGUUGGAAUUGUUGCAUGGGGACAGCAGGUCCGGGAAAAAACACGGUUCCAGUGGCUCUAUAUUUUGGCAUCAGUGUCGUAACAACUGAGUAGCACCUCUUCUACCAGCACAGCCUGGCCCUUUCCAACAUGUGGCUUUCCUAUAUUUGCUUCAGACGGGCCCGACAUCCCCACAAUCGACCCUCAGGAGCCAGUUUACAUUGAGCACUUCCCCCUUAACCUCUCAUGUUCUGCCAACUCCAACCCACCUGCCAAUUAUUCUUGGUAUCAUAAUGAGAAACGUCUGGAAGCUCAGAACGAGUCCCAACUCCUGAUCUCGCAUCUUUCUCUAAAUGAUGCCGGCAAUUAUACUUGUAAUGCCACCAAUGAUGCCACCGGCCUUUUCAGCCACACCAGCCUGGAGAUCAGCGUCCUGGGUGAGUAGCUUGAAAGCCAGGCUGCAUCCUAGGCUAACUUGCGCCUUCCUGUGGCUGAUAAGACUGUCCUUGCAGUCACUGCUUCAUCUGUACAACGGGGACUUGAUUGCGCGAACUCUGUCUCGUGGCCAUUCUGGCUUCCAGGAUGCAUUCCUUGUAUUCUGUCACCUCACUGUCCCUUUACAGUAUUCAUGGCGAUCACUCCAGUUCAGUUCCUGAAGUACCAUGAAGUUUCUCUUCUUCAGGUCAAAUCCAUUUCCUGGUGAGUCUCUCUGUCUCUUACCAUUAUUUCUGGACUCACACUACUUUUUCCCUGUCAAUGAAAACUCCCAGAUAACAAACAAAAGAUGCGCCUCUCUCAUCUGCCUCUAUCCAUCGUUGCCUCAGUCCUCACUUUUCCUCAUGGUGUGUUGCACAUUCCAAGUCACAAACUCUCAGUCAAUGGACCAUUUCUGUUCCUUGUAUGCAGUCAACCUUUUCAGGGUUCCAAAGUUUUGCUAGAUGUCUUCCCACUUCCUCUGGUAUCAACUGGAAGGUUUCACCUGUCACUAAGUCUUUAUAUUUCCUUUAUACUAAGAAAGCUAAUUUUCAUUUCACUGUCUUUUCAAACUGGGUUUUUUUUGGGGUUGGGAGUAGAAUAUGGCAGAAAAUCUCAGUUCUUUCUGAAGUGCUAUCUUCUGUCUUAAAUGUUGUCGAGGAAGCAAACUGUCAACUGGUAGUACAACACUCUCCCGGCAUUGAUUUUUGCAAUGGUCUCUUCCUUGUCUGUCUGGGCCCAGUGCCAGUUUCUCUCCAUAUUGCUUCUUUUCCAAACUGAUCAAAAUCCAGGGCUGUUGCACUACAAGAAACAUGGAGCCGUUUUGCAACUUUUCUUUCUCAACAGGAGAGGUACGUAAUGUGACCAUUUCCGGCCCCUUUAAUGCCAAAGAAAACGAUAGUGUCACUUUGAACUGCAAUGCUGCUGGCACCAAUGUUUCGUAUUACUGGCUGAAGGGAAGCCAGCUGAUUGAAGGAGGAGGUCAUAUCUCUUUAGACAACAACAACCAGAGGCUCAUUCUCAACCCAGUCACCAGGAACGAUGAGGCCAACUAUACCUGCUUUGGGAACAACAGCUUCUCUGAAAGUUCCAGUGAGCCACACUGGCUGCAAAUCUUCUGUAAGUCUAGACUAUGUGGGCAAUGGCAGGCAACUGGUGUCCCAUAGUCCAAACCAAGCCGCAGUCAGUCUUAGUUUUCACCAUCACAUUCUACUUUCUGUAGCAGACAAAAGUGGCUUUUUUAGCUCUUAUCACAGCUGGCUUCAGGAGAGAGGAGAAACUGCCAGAGUCUGUCCUGUGCACACGUUUGCUAUAGCCUCCCUUUUUUUCUAAGAGCAGUGUGGCUCUCCAUUGCAACUAGCUAUGAGUGUACUGGCUGCAUGAAGUCAAGAAGAGUAAGAGAUUUGACCCACACCUGGGACUCAACUAUGAAUUGGUCCGCAGGUCAAUCGUAUUGCUAACCCCUAAUCCUAGUGUUAUUAUUAGACGGUUUUUUUCCUAUGUUCCGUUUCAGCCUUGACAGGCCCCUCCCUCACUCCCCCGGACCCUCUCCAAGUGCACAAAUAGAAAUUUCAAAUAAAAAAUACAACUUUCUUAUGGAGUUUAAAGGUUUAUUUUAGGUAACCUUGUGUGUAGCAUCCAGGGGACUUCGCUCAUUUUCCAAAGGCCAGAAAGCAGUAACUUAAGCUUGAAAGUCUAGUGGCCAAUAGGGAGGAAUACUGUUAGAAGGGAUCCGGUAAUAGUUCCCUUGAGUUACCCAAAUCUGCAAGCAACUUGGCUCACUUGCUCACCCAGUUUCGACAAUCCCAACAAAGGUUGUGAAGAAAACAGAAAGAACUGUUUGGUUUUACUGCAUCUGUCCCUUUGAUCAAUGGGCUGAUUGGAAUAUUAUCUGCAUCCUGAUCAGCUUUCUGCUAUGUGAAAGGCUAAAUAAUGAGGAUUUAGCAUUACUACCCCCCAGCUCAAACCCUUGGGGCCUUAUAUUCUUUCAAACAACCCUGAGGUGAUAUAUUCACUGAGCAUCCAUUCCCAGGGAUAUUUCUCCAAGUUGAAAUUGUUGCAUGGGGAAAGCAGGUUGGGGGGGGAAUGGUACCAGAGGCUCUGUGUUUUGGCAUCAGUGUGGUAACAUCUGAGUAACACCUCUUCUACCAGCACAGCCUGGCCCUUUCCAACAUGUGGUUUUCCUAUAUUUGCUUCAGACGGGCCCGACAUCCCCACAAUCAAUCCUCAGGAGCCAGUUUACAGAGAGCAAUCCACCCUUAACCUCUCGUGUUCUGCCAACUCCAACCCACCUGCCAGUUAUUCUUGGUAUCAUAAUGAGAAACUUCUGGAAGCUCAGAACGAGUCCCAACUCCUGAUCUCGCAUCUUUCUCUAAAUGAUGCCGGCAAUUAUACUUGUAAUGCCACCAAUGAUGCCACCGGCCUUUUCAGCCACACCAGCCUGGAGAUCAGCGUCCUGGGUGAGUAGCUUGAAAGCCAGGCUGCAUCCUAGGCUAACUUGCGCCUUCCUGUGGCUGAUAAGACUGUCCUUGCAGUCACUGCUUCAUCUGUACAACGGGGACUUGAUUGCGCGAACUCUGUCUCGUGGCCAUUCUGGCUUCCAGGAUGCAUUCCUCGUAUUCUGUCACCUCACUGUCCCUUUACAGUAUUCAUGGCGAUCACCCCAGUUCAGUUCCUGAAGUACCAUGAAGUUUCUCUUCUUCAGGUCAAAUCCAGUUCCUGGUCUUGGAGUCUCUCUGUCUCUUACCAUAUUUCUGGACUCACACUACUUUUUUCCUGUAAAUGAAAAGUCCCAGAUAACAAUCAAAAAAUGCGGCUCUCUCAUCUGCCUCUAUCCAUUGUUGCCUCAGUCCUCACUUUUCCUCAUGGUGUGUUGCACAUUCCAAGUCACAAACUCUCAGUCAAUGGACCAUUUCUGUUCCUUGUAUGCAGUCAACCUUUUCAGGGUUCCAAAGUUUUGCUAGAUAUCUUCCCACUUCCUCUGGUAUCAACUGGAAUGUUUCACCUGUCACUAAGUCUUUAUAUUUCGUUUAUACUAAGAAAGCUAAUCUUCAUUUCACUGUCUUUUGAAGCUGGGUUUUUUUGGGUUGGGAGUAGAAUAUGGCAGAAAAUCUCAGUUCUUUCUGAAGUGCUAUCUUCUGUCUUAAAUGUUGUCGAGGAAGCAAACUGUCAACUGGUAGUACAACACUCUCCCGGCAUUGAUUUUUCCAAUGGCCUCUUUUUUGUCUGUCUGGGCCCAGUGCCAGUUUCUCUCCAUAUUGCUUCUUUUCCAAACUGAUCAAAAUCCAGGGCUGCUGCACUACAAGAAACAUGGAGCCCUUUUGCAACUUUUCUUUCUCAACAGGAGAGGUACAUAAUGUGACCAUUUCCGGCCCCUUUAAUGCCAAAGAAAACGAUAGUGUCACUUUGAACUGCAGUGCUGCUGGCACCAAUGUUUCGUAUUACUGGCUGAAGGGAAGCCAGCUGAUUGAAGGAGGAGGUCAUAUCUCUUUAGACAACAACAACCAGAGGCUCAUUCUCAACCCAGUCACCAGGAACGAUGAGGCCAACUAUACCUGCUUUGGGAACAACAGCUUCUCUGAAAGUUCCAGUGAGCCACAUUGGCUGCAAAUCUUCUGUAAGUCUAGACUGACUAUGUGGGCAAUGGCAGGCAGCUGGGGUCCCAUAGUCCAAACCGAGCCGCAGUCAGUCUUAGUUUUCACCAUCACAUUCUAAUUUCUGUAGCAGACAAAAGUAUAUCUUUCAGCCCUUAUCACAACUGGCUUCAGGAGGGAGGAGAAACUGCCAGAGUCUGCCCUGAGCACACGUUUGCUAUAGCCUCCCUUUUUUUCUAAGAGCAGUGUGGCUCUCCAUUGCAACUAGCUAUGAGUGUACUGGCUGCAUGAAGUCAAGAAGAGUAAGAGAUUUGACCCACACCUGGGACUCAACUAUGAAUUGGUCUGCAGGUCGAUCGUAGUGCUAACCCCUAAUCCUAUUGUUAUUAUUAGAUAUUUUUUUCCUAUGCUCCAUUUCAGCCUUGACAAGCCCCCUCCCUCACUCCCCCAGACCCUCUCCAAGUGCACAAAUAGAAAUUUCAAAUAAAAAAUACAACUACCUUAUGGAGUUGAAAGGGUUAUUUUAGGUAACCUUGUGUGUAGCAUUCAGGGGACUUUGCUCAUUUUCCAAAGGCCAGAAAGCUAUAACUGAAGCUUGAAAGUCUAGUGGCCAAUAGGGAGGAAUACUAUAGAAAGGAUCCGGUAUUAGUUGCCUUGAGUCACCCAAAUCUGCGAGCACCUUGGCUCACUGUCACACCCAGUUUCGACAAUCCCAACAAAAGUUGUGGAGAAAACAGAAAGAACUGUUUGGUUUUACUGCAUCUGUCCCUUUGAUCAAUGGGCUGAUUGGAAUAUUAUCUGCAUCCUGAUCAGCUUUCUGCUACAUGAAAGGCUAAAUAAUGAGGAUUUAGCAUUUCUGCCGACAGCUCAAACCCUUGGGGCCUUAUAUUCUUCCAAACAACCCCGAGGUGAUAUAUUCACUGAGCAUCCAUUCCCAGGGAUAUUUCUCCAGGUUGGAAUUGUUGCAUGGGGACAGCAGGUUCGGGGAAAAACACGGUUCCAGUGGCUCUAUAUUUUGGCAUCAGUGUCGUAACAUCUGAGUAGCACCUCUUCUACCAGCACAGCCUGGCCCUUUCCAACAUGUGGUUUUCCUAUAUUUGCUUCAGACGGGCCCGACAUCCCCACAAUCAACCCUCAGGAGCCAGUUUACAUAGAGCACUUCCCCCUUAACCUCUCGUGUUCUGCCAACUCCAACCCACCUGCCAAUUAUUCUUGGUAUCAUAAUGAGAAACUUCUGGAAGCUCAGAACGAGUCCCAACUCCUGAUCUCGCAUCUUUCUCUAAAUGAUGCCGGCAAAUAUACUUGUAAUGCCACCAAUGAUGCCACCGGCCUUUUCAGCCACACCAGCCUGGAGAUCAGCGUCCUGGGUGAGUAGCUUGAAAGCCAGGCUGCAUCCUAGGCUAACUUGCGCCUUCCUGUGGCUGAUAAGACUGUCCUUGUAGUCACUGCUUCAUCUGUACAACGGGGACUUGAUUGCGCGAACUCUGUCUCGUGGCCAUUCUGGCUUCCAGGAUGCAUUCCUCGUAUUCUGUCACCUCACUGUCCCUUUAGAGUAUUCAUGGCGAUCACUCCAGUUCAGUUCCUGAAGUACCAUGAAGUUUCUCUUCUUCAGGCCAAAUCCAUUUCCUGGUCUUGGAGUCUCUCUGUCUCUUACCAUUAUUUCUGGACUCACACUACUUUUUCCCUGUCAAUGAAAACUCCCAGAUAACAAAGAAAAAAUGCGCCUCUCUCAUCUGCCUCUAUCCAUUGUUGCCUCAGUCCUCACUUUUCCUCAUGGUGUGUUGCACAUUCCAAGUCACAAACUCUCAGUCAAUGGACCAUUUCUGUUCCUUGUAUGCAGUCAACAAUUUCAGGGUUCCAAAGUUUUGCUAGAUGUCUUCCCACUUCCUCUGAUAUGAACUGGAAGGUUUCAACUGUCACUAAGUCUUUAUAUUUCCUUUAUAAUAAGAAAAGCUAAUUUUCAUUUCUUGUCUUUUCAAACUGGGGUUUUUCUUUGGAGGGGAUAGAAUAUGGCUCUGAUGUUUGGCCACAAAAUCUCAGUUCUUUCUGAAGUGCUAUCUUCUAUCUUAAAUGUUGUCGAGGAAGCAAACUAUCAACUGGUAGUACAACACUCUCCCGGCAUUGAUUUUUGAAAUGGUCUCUUCCUUUGUCUGUCUGGGCCCAGUGCCAGUUUCUCUCCAUAUUGCUUCUUUUCCAAACUGAUCAAAAUCCAGGGCUUCUGCACUACAAGAAACAUGGAGCCCUUUUGCAACUUUUCUUUCUCAACAGGAGAGGUACGUAAUGUGACCAUUUCCGGCCCCUUUAAUGCCAAAGAAAACGAUAGUGUCACUUUGAACUGCAAUGCUGCUGGCACCAAUGUUUCGUAUUACUGGCUGAAGGGAAGCCAGCUGAUUGAAGGAGGAGGUCAUAUCUCUUUAGACAACAACAACCAGAGGCUCAUUCUCAACCCAGUCACCAGGAAGGAUGAGGCCAACUACACCUGCUUUGGGAACAACAGCUUCUCUGAAAGUUCCAGUGAGCCACAUUGGCUGCAAAUCUUCUGUAAGUCUAGACUGACUAUGUGGGCAAUGGCAGGCAACUGGUGUCCCAUAGUCCAAACCCAGCCGCAGUCAAUCAUAGGUUGCCCCAUCAUAUCAUACCUUCUGUAGCAGACAGAAGUGGCUUUUUUAGCUCUUAUCACAGCUGGCUUCAGGAGGGAGGAGAAACUGCCAGAGUCUGCCCUGAGCACACGUUUGCUACAGCCUCCCUCUUUUUCUGAGAGCAGUGUGGCUCUCCAUUGCAACUAGCUAUGAGUAUACUGGCUGCAUGAAGUCAAGAAGAGUAAGAGAUUUGACCCACACCUGGGACUCAACUAUGAAUUGGUCUGCAGGUCAAUCGUAUUGCUAACCCCUAAUCCUAGUGUUAUUAUUAGAGGGGUUUUUCCCUAUGCUCCAUUUCAUCCAAGACAGGCCCCUCCCUCACGCCCCCAGACACUGUCCAAGUACACAAAUAUAAAUUUCAAAUAAAAAACACAACUUCCUGAUGGAGUUGAAAGGUUUAUAUUAGGUAACCUUGUGUGUAGCAUCCAGGGGACUUUGCUCAUUUUCCAAAGGCCAGAAAGCUGUAACUGAAGCUUGAAAGUCUAGUGGCCAAUAGGGAGGAAUACUAUAGAAGGGAUCCGGUAUUACCGUAGUUGCCUUGAGUCACCCAAAUCUGCGAGCAACUCGGCUCACUGAUACACCCAGUUUCGACAAUCCCAACAAAAGUUGUGGAGAAAACAGAAAGAACUGUUUGGUUUUACUGCAUCUGUCCCUUUGAUCAAUGGGCUGAUUGGAAUAUUAUCUGCAUCCUGAUCAGCUUUCUGCUAUGUGAAAGGCUGAAUAAUGGGAAUUUAGCAUUCCUAUCGCACCCUUAGGGUCCUGAUAUUCUUCCAAAUAACCCCGAGGUGAUAUAUUCACUGAGCAUCCAUUCCCAGGGAUAUUUCUCCAGGUUGGAAUUGUUGCAUGGGGACAGCAGGUUGGGGAAAAAAAACACGGUUCCAGUGGCUCUAUAUUUUGGCAUCAGUGUCGUAACAACAGAGUAGCACCUCUUCUACCAGCACAGCCUGGCCCUUUCCAACAUGUGGUUUUCCUAUAUUUGCUUCAGACGGGCCCGACAUCCCCACAAUCAACCCUCAGGAGCCAGUUUACAUAGAGCACUUCCCCCUUAACCUCUCGUGUUCUGCCAACUCCAACCCACCUGCCAAUUAUUCUUGGUAUCAUAAUGAGAAACUUCUGGAAGCUCAGAACGAGUCCCAACUCCUGAUCUCGCAUCUUUCUCUAAAUGAUGCCGGCAAUUAUACUUGUAAUGCCACCAAUGAUGCCACCGGCCUUUUCAGCCACACCAGCCUGGAGAUCAGCGUCCUGGGUGAGUAGCUUGAAAGCCAGGCUGCAUCCUAGGCUAACCUGCGCCUUCCUGUGGCUGAUAAGACUGUCCUUGCAGUCACUGCUUCAUCUGUACAAUGGGGACUUGAUUGCGCGAACUCUGUCUCGUGGCCAUUCUGGCUUCCAGGAUGCAUUCCUUGUAUUCUGUCACCUCACUGUCCCUUUACAGUAUUCAUGGCGAUCACUCCAGUUCAGUUCCUGAAGUACCAUGAAGUUUCUCUUCUUCAGGUCAAAUCCAGUUCCUGGUCUUGGAGUCUCUCUGUCUCUUACCAGAUUUCUGGACUCACACUACUUUUUCCCUGUCAAUGAAAACUCCCAGAUAACAAAGAAAAAAUGCGCCUCUCUCAUCUGCCUCUAUCCAUUGUUGCCUCAGUCCUCACUUUUCCUCAUGGUGUGUUGCACAUUCCAAGUCACAAACUCUCAGUCAAUGGACCAUUUCUGUUCCUUGUAUGCAGUCAAUCUUUUCAGGGUUCCAAAGUUUUGCUAGAUGUCUUCCCACUUCCUCUGGUAUCAACUGGAAGGUUUCACCUGUCACUUAAGUCUUUAUAUUUCCUUUAUACUAAGAAAGCUAAUUUUCAUUUCACUUUCUUUUCAAACUGGGAUUUUUUUGGGGGGGGGAUAGAAUAUGGCUCUGAUGUUUGGCCACAAAAUCUCAGUUCUUUGUGAAGUGCUAUCUUCUGUCUUACAUGAUGUCGAGGAAGUAAACUGUCAACUGGUAGUACAACACUCUCCCGGCAUUGAUUUUUCCCAUGGUCUCUUCUUUGUCUGUCUGGGCCCAGUGCCGGUUUCUCUCAAUAUUGCUCCUUUUCCAAAUUGAUCAAAACCCAGGGCUGUUGCACUACAAGAAACAUGGAGCCCUUUUGCAACUUUUCUUUCUCAACAGGAGAGGUACGUAAUGUGACCAUUUCCGGCCCCUCUAAUGCCAAAGAAAACGAUAGUGUCACUUUGAACUGCAAUGCUGCUGGCACCAAUGUUUCAUAUUACUGGCUGAAGGGAAGCCAGCUGAUUGAAGGAGGAGGUCAUAUCUCUUUAGACAACAACAACCAGAGGCUCAUUCUCAACCCAGUCACCAGGAAGGAUGAGGCCAACUACACCUGCUUUGGGAACAACAGCUUCUCUGAAAGUUCCAGUGAGCCACAUUGGCUGCAAAUCUUCUGUAAGUCUAGACUGACUAUGUGGGCAAUGGCAGGCAGCUGGGGUCCCAUAGUCCAAACCCAGCCGCAGUCAGUCUUAGUUUUCACCAUCACAUUCUAAUUUCUGUAGCAGACAAAAGUAUAUCUUUCAGCCCUUAUCACAACUGGCUUCAGGAGGAAGUCGAAACUGCCAGAAUCGAUCCUGUGCACACAUUUGCUACAGCCUCCCUCUUUUUCUGAGAGCAGUGUGGCUCUCCAUUGCAACUAGCUAUGAGUAUACUGGCUGCAUGAAGUCAAGAAGAGUAAGAGAUUUGACCCACACCUUUGACUCAACUAUGAAUUGGUCUGCAGGUCGAUCGUAUUGCUAACCCCUAAUCCUAUUGUUAUUAUUAAAUAUUGUUUCCUAUGAUCCAGGCAAGACAGGCCCCUCCCUCACUCCCCCGGACACCCUCCAAGCGCACAAAUAGAAAUUUCAAAUAAAAAGUACAACUUCCUUAUGGAGUUGAAAGGGUUAUUUUAGGUAACGUUAUGUGUAGCAUUCAGGGGACUUUGCUCAUUUUCCAAAGGCCAGAAAGCUAUAACUGAAGCAUGAAAGUCUUAGUGGCCAGUAGGGAGGAAUACUAUAGAAAGGAUCCGGUAUUAGUUGCCUUGAGUCACCCAAAUCUGCAAGCAACUUGGCUCACUGCCACACCCAGUUUCAACAAUCCCAACAAAGGUUGUGGAGAAAACAGAAAGAACUGUUUGGUUUUACUGCAUCUGUCCCUUUGAUCAAUGGGCUGAUUGGAAUAUUAUCUGCAUCCUGAUCAGCUUUCUGCUAUGUGAAAGGCUAUAUAAUGGGGAUUUAGCAUUCCUACCCCCCAAGCUCAAACCCUUAGGGUCCUGAUAUUCUUUCAAACAACCCUGAGGUGAUAUAUUCACUGAGCAUCCAUUCCCAGGGAUAUUUCUCCAAGUUGAAAUUGUUGCAUGGGGAAAGCAGGUUGGGGAAAAAAAACACGGUUCCAGUGGCUCUAUAUUUUGGCAUCAGUGUCGUAACAACAGAGUAGCACCUCUUCUACCAGCACAGCCUGGCCCUUUCCAACAUGUGACUUUCCUAUAUUUGCUUCAGACGGGCCCGACAUCCCCACAAUCAACCCUCAGGAGCCAGUUUACAUAGAGCACUUCCCCCUUAACCUCUCGUGUUCUGCCAACUCCAACCCACCUGCCAAUUAUUCUUGGUAUCAUAAUGAGAAACUUCUGGAAGCUCAGAACGAGUCCCAACUCCUGAUCUCGCAUCUUUCUCUAAAUGAUGCCGGCAAUUAUACUUGUAAUGCCACCAAUGAUGCCACCGGCCUUUUCAGCCACACCAGCCUGGAGAUCAGCGUCCUGGGUGAGUAGCUUGAAAGCCAGGCUGCAUCCUAGGCUAACCUGCGCCUUCCUGUGGCUGAUAAGACUGUCCUUGCAGUCACUGCUUCAUCUGUACAACGGGGACUUGAUUGCGCGAACUCUGUCUCGUGGCCAUUUUGGCUUCCAGGAUGCAUUCCUCGUAUUCUGUCAUCUCACUGUCCCUUUACAGUAUCCAUGGCAAUCACUCCAGUUCAGUUCCUGAAGUACCAUGAAGUUUCUCUUCUUCAGGUCAAAUCCAGUUCCUGGUCUUGGAGCCUCUCUGUCUCUGACCAUAUUUCUGGACUCACACUACUUUUUUCCUGUCAAUGAAAACUCCCAGAUCACAAACAAAAAAUGCGCCUCUCUCAUCUGCCUCUAUCCAUCGUUUGCUCAGUCCUCCCUUUUCCUCAUGGUGUGUUGCACAUUCCAAGUCACAAACUCUCAGUCAAUGGACCAAUUCUGUUCCUUGUAUACAGUCAAUCUUUUCAGGGUUCCAAAGUUUUGCUAGAUGUCUUCCCACUUCCUCUGGUAUCAACUGGAAGGUUUCACCUGUCACUAAGUCUUUAUAUUUAUUUUAUAAUAACAAAGCUAAUUUUCAUUUCACUGUCUUUUCAAGCUGGUUUUUUUUGGGGGGAGGGGUGGAAUAUGGCUCUGAUGUUUGGCCACAAAAUCUCAGUUCUUUCUGAAAUGCUACCUUCUGUCUUAAAUGUUGUCAAAAAGCAAACCGUCAACUGGUAGUACAACACACUCCCGGCAUUGAUUUUUCCAAUGGUCUCUUCUUUGUCUGCCUGGGCCCAGUGCCGGUUUCUCUUAAUAUUGGUUCUUUUCCAAAUUGAUCAAAACCCAGGGCUGUUGCACUACAAGAAACAUGGAGCCCUUUUGCAACUUUUCUUUCUCAACAGGAGAGGUACGUAAUGUGACCAUUUCCGGCCCCUCUAAUGCCAAAGAAAACGAUAGUGUCACUUUGAACUGCAAUGCUGCUGGCACCAAUGUUUCAUAUUACUGGCUGAAGGGAAGCCAGCUGAUUGAAGGAGGAGGUCAUAUCUCUUUAGACAACAACAACCAGAGGCUCAUUCUCAACCCAGUCACCAGGAAGGAUGAGGCCAACUACACCUGCUUUGGGAACAACAGCUUCUCUGAAAGUUCCAGUGAGCCACAUUGGCUGGAAAUCUUCUGUAAGUCUAGUCUGACUAUGUGGGCAAUGGCAGGCAACUGGGGUCCCAUAGUCCAAACCCAGCCGCAGUCAGUCAUAGAUUGCCCCAUCACAUUCUACUCUCUGUAGCAGACAGAAGUGGCUCUUUCAGCCCUUAUCACAGCUGGCUUCAGGAGGGAGGAGAAACUGCCAGAGUCUGUCCUGUGCACACGUUUGCUAUAGCCACCCGCUUUUUCUGAGAGCAGUGUGGCUCUCCAUUGCAGCUAGCUGUGAGUAUGCUGGCUGCAUGAAGUCAAGAAGAGUAAGAGAUCUGACCCACACCUGGGACUCAACUAUGAAUUGGUCUGCAGGUCAGUCGUAUUGCUAACCCCUAAUCCUAUUGUUAAGGGAUGCGGGUGGCGCUGUGGGUUAAAGCCUCAGCACCUAGGGACUUGCCGAUCGAAAGGUCGGCGGUUCGAAUCCCCACGGCAGGAUGCGCUCCCGUCGGUCCCAGCGCCUGCCAACCUAGCAGUUCGAAAGCACCCUCGGGUGCAAGUAGAUAAAUAGGGACCGCUUACCAGCGGGAAGGUAAACGGCGUUCUGUGUGCUGCGCUGGCUCGCCAGAUGCAGCUUGUCACGCUGGCCACGUGACCCGGAAGUGUCUUCGGACAGCGCUGGCUCCCGGCCUUUAGAGUGAGAUGAGCGCACAACCCUAGAGUCUGGCAAGACUGGCCCGUACGGGCAGGGGUACCUUUACCUUUAAUCCUAUUGUUAUUGUUGGAGGGUUUUUUCUAUUCUCCAAUUCAUCCAAGAAAGCCCUCCCCCCCCCCGAAACGCUUCUAGUACACAAAUUUCAAAUACAAAAUACAACUUUCUUACGGAGUUGAAAGUGUCAUUUUAGGUAACCUUGUGUGUAGAAUUCAGGGGACUUUGCCUGUUUGGGCUAUGCCAACAAAAGACAUAGAGAAAACUGAAAUAAUCAUUGGUUUUCAACACAUCUGUCUUUUGAUCAAUAGACUGAUUGAAAUAUCAUCUGCACCCUGAUCAUGUUUCUGCUCCUUACUAGAUCAAUACCAAAGGAAAGACUCAAGAGUGGGUAGUGAGUGAUUUCCCCUGAAGUUCAUACUCUUUGCAUCUAAAAGAGUCGUCUAACCUAGAGCCAAUUUUAAUGAUAUACUGUAUAUCUUCCCAAAUACCCUAGAGGUCAUAUAUUCACUGAGCAUCCAUUCCCAGGGUGGGGCAUCUAUUUUUCUCCAGGUCAGUAAGAUCGCACGGGGACAGCAGGUUGCAGCAGCAAAGGUUCCAAGGGCUCUGUGUUUUGGCAUCAGUGUAGUAACAACUGAGUAGCGCCCUUCCUACUAGCACAGCCUGGCCCUUUCCAACAUGCGGUUUCCUGUAUUUGCUUCAGACGGGCCCGACAUCCCCACAAUCGACCCUCAGGACCCAGUUUAUAGAGACCAAUCCACCCUUAACCUCUCGUGUUCUGCCAACUCCAACCCACCUGCCAAUUAUUCUUGGUAUCAUAAUGAGAAACUUCUGGAAGCUCAGAACGAGUCCCAACUCCUGAUCUCGCAUCUUUCUCUAAAUGAUGCCGGCAAAUAUACUUGUAAUGCCACCAAUGAUGUCACCGGCCUUUUCAGCCACACCAGCCUGGAGAUCAGCGUCCUGGGUGAGUAGCUUGAAAGCCAGGCUGCAUCCUAGGCUAACUUGCGCCUUCCUGUGGCUGAUAAGACUGUCCUUGCAGUCACUGCUUCAUCUGUACAAUGGGGACUUGAUUGCGCGAACUCUGUCCCGUGGCCAUUUUGGCUUCCAGGAUGCAUUCCUCGUAUUCUGUCACCUCACUGUCCCUUUACAGUAUCCAUGGCAAUCACUCCAGUUCAGUUCUUGAUGUACCAUGAAGUUUAUCUUCUUCAGGUCAAAUCCAGUUCCUGGUCUUGGAGUCUCUCUGUCUUUUACCAUAUUUCUGGACUCACACUACUUUUUUCCUGUCAAUGAAAACUCCCAGAAAACAAAGAAAAAAUGCACCUCUCUCAUCUGCCUCUAGCCAUUGUUGCCUCAGGCCUCACUAUUCCUCAUGGUGUUUUGCACAUUCCAAGUCACAAACUCUCAGUCAAUGGACCAUUUCUGUUCCUUGUAUGCACUCAACCUUUUCAGGGUUCCAAAGUUUUGCUAGAAGUCUUCCCACUUCCUCUGGUAUCAACUGGAAGGUUUCACCUGUCACUAGGUCUUUAUAUUUCCUUUAUAAUAACAAAGCUAUUUUCAUUUCACUGUCUUUUCAAACUGGGGGUUUUUGGGGGGUGUAGAAUAUGGCUCUGAUGUUUGGCCACAAAAUCUCAAUUCUCUGUGAAGUGCUAUCUUCUGUCUUAAAUGUUGUCGAGGAAGCAAACUAUCAACUGGUAGUACAACACUCUCCCGGCAUUGAUUUUUCCAAUGGUCUCUUCCUUUGUCUGUCUGAGCCCAGUGCCGGUUUCUCUCAGUAUUGGUUCUUUUCCAAAUUGAUCAAAAUCCAGGGCUGAUGCACUACAAGAAACAUGGAGCCCUUUUGCAACUUUUCUUUCUCAACAGGAGAGGUACGUAAUGUGACCAUUUCCGGCCCCUCUAAUGCCAAAGAAAACGAUAGUGUCACUUUGAACUGCAAUGCUGCUGGCACCAAUGUUUCAUAUUACUGGCUGAAGGGAAGCCAGCUGAUUGAAGGAGGAGGUCAUAUCUCUUUAGACAACAACAACCAGAGGCUCAUUCUCAACCCAGUCACCAGGAACGAUGAGGCCAACUACACCUGCUUUGGGAACAACAGCUUCUCUGAAAGUUCCAGUGAGCCACAUUGGCUGCAAAUCUUCUGUAAGUCUAGACUGACUAUGUGGGCAGUGGCAGGCAACUGGGGUCCCAUAGUCCAAACCCAGCCGCAGUCAGUCUUAGUUUUCACCAUCACAUUCUAAUUUCUGUAGCAGACAAAAGUAUAUCUUUCAGCCCUUAUCACAACUGGCUUCAGGAGGAAGUCGAAACUGCCAGAGUCUGCCCUGAGCACACGUUUGCUAUAGCCUCCCUCUUUUUCUAAGAGCAGUGUGGCUCUCCAUUGCAACUAGCUAUGAGUAUACUGGCUGCAUGAAGUCAAGAAGAGUAAGAGAUUUGACCCACACCUGGGACUCAACUAUGAAUUGGUCUGCAGGUCAAUCGUAUUGCUAACCCCUAAUCCUAUUGUUAUUAUUAGAUAUUUUUUUCCUAUGCUCCAUUUCAGCCAAGACAGGCCCCUCCCUCACUCCCCCGGACACUCUCCAAGUACACAAAUAGAAAUUUCAAAUAAAAAACACAACUUCCUGAUGGAGUUGAAAGGGUUAUUUUAGCUAACCCUGUGUGUAGCAUCCAGGGGACUUCGCUCUUUUUCCAAAGGCCAGAAAGCUGUAACUGAAGCUUGAAAGUCUAGUGGCCAAUAGGGAGGAAUACUAUAGAAAGGAUGCGGUAUUAGUUGCCUUGAGUCACCCAAAUCUGCGAGCAACUUGGCUCACUGUCACACCCAGUUUCGACAAUCCCCAACAAAAGUUGUGGAGAAAACAGAAAGAACUGUUUGGUUUUACUGCAUCUGUCCCUUUGAUCAAUGGGCUGAUUGGAAUAUUAUCGGCAUCCUGAUCAGCUUUCUGCUACAUGAAAGGCUAAAUAAUGAGGAUUUAGCAUUACUACCCCCCAGCUCAAACCCUUAGGGUCCUUAUAUUCUUCCAAACAACCCCGAGGUGAUAUAUUCACUGAGCAUCCAUUCCCAGGGAUAUUUCUCCAGGUUGGAAUUGUUGCAUGGGGACAGCAGGUCCGGGAAAAAACACGGUUCCAGUGGCUCUAUAUUUUGGCAUCAGUGUCGUAACAACAGAGUAGCACCUCUUCUACCAGCACAGCCUGGCCCUUUCCAACAUGUGACUUUCCUAUAUUUGCUUCAGACGGGCCCGACAUCCCCACAAUCAACCCUCAGGAGCCAGUUUACAUUGAGCACUUCCCCCUUAACCUCUCAUGUUCUGCCAACUCCAACCCACCUGCCAAUUAUUCUUGGUAUCAUAAUGAGAAACUUCUGGAAGCUCAGAACGAGUCCCAACUCCUGAUCUCGCAUCUUUCCCUAAAUGAUGCCGGCAAAUAUACUUGUAAUGCCACCAAUGAUGCCACCGGCCUUUUCAGCCACACCAGCCUGGAGAUCAGCGUCCUGGGUGAGUAGCUUGAAAGCCAGGCUGCAUCCUAGGCUAACUUGCGCCUUCCUGUGGCUGAUAAGACUGUCCUUGCAGUCACUGCUUCAUCUGUACAACGGGGACUUGAUUGCGCGAACUCUGUCUCGUGGCCAUUCUGGCUUCCAGGAUGCAUUCCUCGUAUUCUGUCAUCUCACUGUCCCUUUACAGUAUUCAUGGCGAUCACUCCAGUUCAGUUCCUGAAGUACCAUGAAGUUUCUCUUCUUCAGGCCAAAUCCAUUUCCUGGUCUUGGAGUCUCUCUGUCUCUUACCAUUAUUUCUGGACUCACACUACUUUUUCCCUGUCAAUGAAAACUCCCAGAUAACAAACAAAAAUGUGCCUCUCUCAUCUGCCUCUAUCCAUUGUUGCCUCAGGCCUCACUUUUCCUCAUGGUGUGUUGCACAUUCCAAGUCACAAACUCUCAGUCAAUGGACCAUUUCUGUUCUUGUAUGCAGUCAACAAUUUCAGGGUUCCAAAGUUUUGCUAGAUGUCUUCCCACUUCCUCUGAUAUGAACUGGAAGGUUUCAACUGUCACUAAGUCUUUAUAUUUCCUUUAUAAUAAGAAAAGCUAAUUUUCAUUUCACUGUCUUUUCAAACUGGGGUUUUUUUUUGGGGGGGGGAUAGAAUAUGGCUCUGAUGUUUGGCCACAAAAUCUCAGUUCUUUGUGAAGUGCUAUCUUCUGUCUUAAAUGUUGUCGAGGAAGCAAACUAUCAACUGGUAGUACAGCACUCUCCCAGCGUUGAUUUUUCCAAUGGUCUCUUCCUUUGUCUGUCUGGGCCCGGUGCCGGUUUCUCUCAAUAUUGCUCAUUUUCCAAAUUGAUUGAAAUCCAGGGCUGUUGCACUACAAGAAACAUGGAGCCCUUUUGCAACUUUUCUUUCUCAACAGGAGAGGUACAUAAUGUGACCAUUUCCGGCCCCUCUAAAGCCAAAGAAAACGAUAGUGUCACUUUGAACUGCAGUGCUGCUGGCACCAAUGUUUCGUAUUACUGGCUGAAGGGAAGCCAGCUGAUUGAAGGAGGAGGUCAUAUCUCUUUAGACAACAACAACCAGAGGCUCAUUCUCAACCCAGUCACCAGGAACGAUGAGGCCAACUACACCUGCUUUGGGAACAACAGCUUCUCUGAAAGUUCCAGUGAGCCACAUUGGCUGCAAAUCUUCUGUAAGUCUAGACUGACUAUGUGGGCAAUGGCAGGCAACUGGGGUCCCAUAGUCCAAACCGAGCCGCAGUCAGUCUUAGUUUUCACCAUCACAUUCUAAUUUCUGUAGCAGACAAAAGUAUAUCUUUCAGCCCUUAUCACAACUGGCUUCAGGAGGGACGAGAAACUGCCAGAGUCUGUCCUGUGCACACGUUUGCUAUAGCCACCCGCUUUUUCUGAGAGCAGUGUGGCUCUCCAUUGCAACUAGCUAUGAGUGUACUGGCUGCAUGAAGUCAAGAAGAGUAAGAGAUCUGACCCACACCUGGGACUCAACUAUGAAUUGGUCCGCAGGUCAAUCGUAUUGCUAACCCCUAAUCCUAUUGUUAUUAUUAGAGAUUUUUUUCCUAUGCUCCAUUUCAUCCAAAACAGGCCCCUCCCUCACACCCCCGGACCCUCUCCAAGUGCACAAGUAGAAAUUUCAAAUAAAAAACACAACUUCCUGAUGGAGUUGAAAGGGUUAUUUUAGCUAACCUUGUGUGUAGCAUCCAGGGGACUUUGCUCAUUUUCCAAAGGCCAGAAAGCUGUAACUGAAGCUUGAAAGUCUUAGUGGCCAGUAGGGAGGAAUACUAUAAAAAGGAUCCAGUAUUAGUUGCCUUGAGUCACCCAAAUCUGCAAGCAACUUGGCUCACUGCCACACCCAGUUUCGACAAUCCCAACAAAAGUUGUGGAGAAAACAGAAAGAACUGUUUGGUUUUACUGCAUCUGUCCCUUUGAUCAAUGGGCUGAUUGGAAUAUUAUCUGCAUCCUGAUCAGCUUUCUGCUACAUGAAAGGCUAAAACAUGGGGAUUUAGCAUUCCUACCCCCCCCCAUCUCAAACCCUUAGGGUCCUGAUAUUCUUCCAAACAACCCUGAGAUGAUAUAUUCUCUCUCUCUCUCUCUCUCUCUCUCACACACACACACACACACACACACACACACACAUAUAUAUAUAUAUAUAUAUAUAUAUAUAUUCACUGAUGAUAUAUCCAUUCCCAGGGAGAUUUCUCCAGGUUGGAAUUGUUGCAUGGGGGCAGCAGGUUGGGGUGGAAAAACAAUUCCAGAGGCUCUAUGUUUUGGCAUCAGUGUAUUAACAACAGAGUAGCACCUCUUCUACCAGCACAGCCUGGCCCUUUCCAACAUGUGACUUUCCUAUAUUUGCUUCAGACGGGCCCGACAUCCCCACAAUCAACCCUCAGGAGCCAGUUUACAUUGAGCACUUCCCCCUUAACCUCUCGUGUUCUGCCAACUCCAACCCACCUGCCAAUUACUCUUGGUAUCAUAAUGAGAAACUUCUGGAAGCUCAGAACGAGUCCCAACUCCUGAUUUCGCAUCUUUCUCUAAAUGAUGCCGGCAAUUAUACUUGUAAUGCCACCAAUGAUGCCACCGGCCUUUUCAGCCACACCAGCCUGGAGAUCAGCGUCCUGGGUGAGUAGCUUGAAAGCCAGGCUGCAUCCUAGGCUAACCUGCGCCUUCCUGUGGCUGAUAAGACUGUCCUUGCAGUCACUGCUUCAUCUGUACAACGGGGACUUGAUUGCGCGAACUCUGUCCCGUGGCCAUUCUGGCUUCCAGGAUGCAUUCCUCGUAUUCUGUCACCUCACUGUCCCUUUACAGUAUCCAUGGCGAUCACUCCACUUCAGUUCCUGAAGUACCAUGAAGUUUCUCUUCUUCAGGUCAAAUCCAGUUCCUGGUCUUGGAGUCUCUCUGUCUCUGACCAUAUUUCUGGACUCACACUACUUUUUUCCUGUCAAUGAAAACUCCCAGAUCACAAACAAAAAAUGCACCUCUCUCAUCUGCCUCUAGCCAUCGUUUCCUCAGUCCUCACUUUUCCUCAUGGUGUGUUGCACAUUCCAAGUCACAAACUCUCAGUCAAUGGACCAUUUCUGCUCCUUGUAUGCAGUCAACCUUUCCAGGGUUCCAAAGUUUUGCUAGAUGUCUUCCCACUUCCUCUGGUAUCAACUGGAAGGUUUCACCUGUCACUAAGUCUUUCUAUUUCCUUUAUAAUAACAAAGCUAAUUUUCAUUUCACUGUCUUUUCAAGCUGGUUUUUUUUGGGAGGGAGGUAGAAUAUGGCUCUGAUGUUUGGCCACAAAAUCUCAGUUCUUUCUGAAAUGCUACCUUCUGUCUUAAAUGUUGUCAAAAAGCAAACCGUCAACUGGUAGUACAACACACUCCCAGUGUUGAUUUUUCCAAUGGUCUCUUCUUUGUCUGCCUGGGCCCAGUGCCGGUUUCUCUUAAUAUUGGUUCUUUUCCAAAUUGAUCAAAAUCCAGGGCUGUUGCACUACAAGAAACAUGGAGCCCUUUUGCUCCAUGUUUCACACUACUUUUUCCCUGUCAAUGAAAAACACCGAAAUAACGAAGCAAAAUGUGCAGACUUUCCUGCCAUUUCUUCUCCUUUGUGUGCCUUGUCUUCAAGAACCUUCCUUCUAGAAAUUUGAUUCAUGUGGGGGUUCAAGUUGGCAAGGGUUCCUGAAUGGACCCUUUCCCUCUAGUUGCUUGCCUUCAUUAACUUUGUUCUACUUUGGAUUUAUCUUGGUCCUCUGUCGAUGAUCAUCUUUAUUCCAAAACCUGGAUCAGAAGAUUUUCCACUGAUUUGCGCUGAAAUCCCAAAUAACUCAUUCCCAAAGAAGCAAACUCUGUUCUUUUAUUCCCUGUUGCCGAACCUUCAGAUUUCAUCACACCAGUUCCUUCACUGCUGUGGAUUCCGUCUUCCUUGUGAAAUGCAUCAGAGAUGGGAUUGUAAUUAAUGUUCGCUGCAGUUCUUCUGUUUUUAGGUUAUUUACUGUAUCAACUAUUUUCUUGUCCACUUCUUUUGCCUUGUUCCAUGUUGACAUUCAUCCCAGACUGGACAUUCAUUUCACACUGACAACCUUUUGCAUCCGAUAAUGUUGAAGUGUUCCUAUGUGUGCCCUCCUGUUCUUUGCAUCUGCCAACUUGUUCCUUUAUGCUGCAGAAUUUAGUUUAUCGAAGCUUCCUAAUUGAAAAUAAAGAAGAGUUUCACCUCUCUGCGGCAAACGGAUCACACUGCAGGACCUUUCCUUAAAUGACAGCUGGAUAUAUUCAACUUCCAAGACGCAGAACGAAGAAACGACUCUGAGGAGGCCUACUUACUUCUCCACUUUUACCUUGGAUAACACCAUCAUUCCCUCUACUUCUCUCUCUUUUCUCUCUCUCCCUCUACAGGAUAUGUCACUAAUAUCACCAUCAGUGACUCUGGCAAGGCCAUCGAGAAUAGCACCACAGUUCUGCACUGCACCUCCGCAGGCACUAACGUUUCCUACUCUUGGUUAAGAGGGAACGAGAGCCUGGUGGUUGGAGAGCGCAUUUCUCUGAGCAACAACAACCAGGUCCUCACAUUCAAUCCAACGAGCCGGAAUGACUCGGACAGCUACAGCUGCUAUGGAUAUAACAGCUUCUCUAAUGACAGCACCUCAUACUUGCUGAAUGUUUUGUGUAAGUCUGGUUCUACCAUUGAGGGAGGGUUGGAGCAGUUCUGGGAGCGGAGCAUGUGGGGGCUUGACUUAGGCCCUGAGAGUGCAAGACUAUAACUUUUAAAGACAAGGAUAUCUGGCAAGCAGAUUCAAUAAGACUGAAACACACAAAAGUAGAGAGACCCACCAUGUGAGUUAACUGACUUCAUGCAAAGUUAGCACGCACAACUUCUAAAAACAUUACUUCAUGCCCCCAAUCUACCUUCUUUUGGAACCGGAUUGCCAGAACUCUGUUGUUUUUAAAACUCUCCCCCUACUUAUUGCAGUAUAAUAAUAAUAAUAAUAAUAAUAAUAAUAAUAAUAAUAAUAAUAAUAAUAAUAAUAAUAUAUUUAUACCCCACCCAUCUGUCUGGGUUUCCCCAGCCACUCCGGGCAGUUCCCAACAGAAUAUUAUUAAUAAUAAUAAUAAAAGCGAUAAAAGAUCAAACAUUAAAGACUUCCCUAAACAGGGCUGCCUUCAGAUGUUUUCUAAAAGGCUGAUAGUUGUUUAUUUCCUUGACAUCUGAUGAGAGGGAAUUCCACAGGGCGGGUGCCACUACUGAGAAGGCCCUCUGCUUGGUUCCUUGUAACUUCGCUUCUCGCAGUGAGGGAACCGCCAGAAGGCCCACUGAGCUGGACCUCAGUGUUGAACGAUAGGGGUGGGGACGCUCCUUCAGUAUAUCAUAAAAUAUUUUGAAAGUACCAUCAAAAUCUCUAGGAGACAUAGAAGAUCAUUAUAGCGGCCCUUAUUUGAUCUAACCGUACACUUGAUUUCACACAGCACUGUCAGCUCUUAAGAACUGCAUCAGCCCCAAAGAUAGUAAGUUGAAGUUCAGGGGUCUGCAUCAUAUUGAGCGAGAUCUGUGGCCCCUGUAAUCCAGAGCCAGUGUAACGUAAUGAUUAGAGUGUUAGGCUAGGACCUGGCAACCCAAGGUUCAAAUUCCCGCUCAGCCAUGAAGCUCACUGGGUGACCUUGAACCAGCCACUGUCUCUCAUCCUAACCUCCCUCACCAGCUUGGUGUAGAAUAAAAUACAGAGGGGAGAACCAAGCAGACCCCCUUGAGCUCCCUGGAGGAAAAGGUGAGAUAUAAAUGAGAAAUCAGAAUAAAUGAAUGAAUAAAUAGAACUGCCUGGCCUAAUUGGCGGCAAAGUAGCUGUCUAGCAUCGGAGGCAGAUGUCAUUUCUGGACCGCUGGAAUCCUUCGCUGCAGAUGGCAAGGACUAGAUUUGUGGCCUAGUAGAGGCAUACCAUGUGCUUUAGCACAUAGCUCCUUCCCAGUACGUAUUGUGCAACUUCCUGUAUGGUGAUUGGCUGGCCAUGGUGUGAUGUAAAAGUCUAGCCUUGCUGCUCAGAAGUUAGCUGAGUCAAUACUCCUUCCUUGUCUCAGAUUUCACACAGAGACACGUGUUUUACUGGCAAAAGCUAAGAAACCAGAAGGAGCUAUUUCCCCUUUCGAAUGCUCAAACUGUAACUGCUGCAUAUCUGGCCACAUUGGGCUUCACGAUGUUAGUUUGCUCCUCCUUGAGUUUUGAUGAGGGAGAGUUAAAUAAUGUCGCUGCCUCUUGUGUUACCCCGGAGCUAUUAAAGCGACAGGCGCCAUCUCCCAAGUCAAGACCUGCCACUCGUAAGCUUGCAAUUCCUUCUUGUCCUUAAGCAAAGCCAGCCACCCAGCAAACUUCAGAAAUCUUAGCUAAUUGCAUUUUAAAAAAAGAGGCCAGGCUCACUUUAUAGUGUAUUGUUCUUGACACACAGCUUUUCCAUUUAAUUGAGCUUAUACGUUCCUCUUUUCAUAAAUUGCUCACGAAUAAGCCGUAACAAGUUCCCAAAGAUACCUUAAAAGCAGUGAACAAAAUUAUUGCCUGCGUCCUGCCCAGCUUGCUCAACUUCCCAUUUUAGGUCCACUGCUUCCUGCUUUCCUCUCUCUGAUAACAGAGUCUGUAAUAUUGAUUCCCAGAUCACAAACCAGUAAUUGGAAGUCAUGACUUCUACCAAGGAUUUUCCCACAGUUUGGGGAAAUCCUGAGAAUUCUUUUGUCAGGAUUCCCAGAGAAAUGUAAGCAUGGUCUAAGUAAGUAAACUUAUCCCGGAUAUGGAAGGGGCAGUCUAAACCUCCCAAGGCAGCUAUUCUGCUGUCUCUGAACAAGCGCUUCUAUCUGCAAUUCAGCUUUCUUCCAGCUAAGGAAACAACAUCACACUUCACAUGCCAAACAUUUUGCCAAAGGUGGCACCUGAGCCAUCCAGAAUCUCACUGGCUUCCCCCAACUUCUGACUCUCCUGUAUUUACUCCAGAUGGGCCUGAUGUCCCUGUAAUUGGCCCCAGUGAGCACUAUUACGCAGAGGGCUCCAACCUCACUCUCUCCUGCACUGCUGACUCCAACCCAGCUGCGCAAUACACCUGGAGUUUCAAUGAGACAUCAGACAUAGGGUCCGCCUCCCAGCUUUCUAUCCACAAUCUGCAGUUCCACCACAGUGGGAAUUACACCUGCAAGGCUUUCAACAAUGAAACCAAUGCUAACUCCACCUCCGCAAGCCGGGAGAUCUGGGUACUAGGUAAGUAUCCACAGGGUUACACGCAUCCAAACGUGACUUCUAACUCGCUGGCAUUUCUUUUGCCACGCUGGUCGUUUAUACUCCUGUCCCACUUCCUGCUUCCAUGGGACUCUUCCUGGAGCCAAACCCAAUGCUAUCUUUUUGCCUCCUGUUUCUUUUUUAUAAUGAAUGCUUGGGUAUUCUGUCAUUUUCUGCCUACCCAGCAGGCUCAGGUGCCCUUCUGUUAUUGAUUUGUCUCCCACGGGAUAUUGCAUGGCUCACAGUGUCUCUUCGAAUCUAAUCAGUCACCUGUCAAUGAAGACCUUCAAAUCAAGAUCACCAAUGGAAUGCACCUUCGGUGGUGUUUCGCUGCCUUGGCAAACUUCUUGUAUGUUUUCUGUUCAUCUUAUUCCCAGGACUCUGUCCUCUCUAGGAUGCAUCUCCUGAAACUGGAUAAGAAUCUUGAUGCAACAGCUUACUGCUUCCCUUCGAAGCAAUGGUGCUCACAGCCACUUGCUUCACUGUCUCUCCCUCUGGUGCCUUUUUGCAGCGACUGUAACUUCUAUUUAGGACUGUCCACAAAUAAUACAAAAAUAUCUCUUGCCCGUGGAAAUUGGCCAUCUGUCCCCAGUCAGGGCCUUGUUCAUCACCUGUCACUCAGCACUUCUUUGGUAUCUUUGAGGUCCUUCUUGUUCUUCUGUUGGUGAAAGCAGUUGCAUGGCUUUUAAACUACGUUUCUGUCUUCCUUGGAAUAUUUCAAGGGAAGAGCGAGUCCUUGCAGGCAGACCUGCAACACCCUUCCCUGCAUCUGUUUACCAUUUGUUCCUUGAUAACCCUCUGCCUCCUCGUUAUUCUUUCCUUACAGCGGAGGUUUCUGACGUUACCAUUAUGGGUCUGUCGGAAGCCAUUGAGAACGAGUCGCUGAUUCUGACUUGCACCUCCGUUGGCAGCGAGGUCUCUUACUAUUGGUUCAGAGGGAAUCAGAGCCUGGAGGAUGGAGGGCAUAUAUCUCUGAGUCAUGAUAACCAAAACCUCACAAUAAACCCGGUCAGCCGGUCUGAUGCAGGUUCCUACACCUGCCUUGGAGUCAACAGAAUCAGCAAUAACACCAGUACCCCCUUCGAACUGACAGUGUUCUGUAAGUGUGGCGCCAAUUCUCAGUUCAUCCCUUCUAUCACCUCCUCCCAGCUUCCCUCUCCCCUGUAUGUACCUCCUAAAAACUGAAUGAGGAAUAUAUCAUUCUUCAGUCCCUUGAGCCACCUCUUUAGCCCUUCACCAUGAUGCCCAACUUGUGAUUCUCCUCUGUUUGCUCCAGAUGGGCCUGAUGAUCCUGUAAUCAGCCCCAAAAUCAAUACUUACCGUACGGGAUCCAGCCUCAACCUCAGCUGCAGUGCCGACUCCCACCCGCCGCCUCAAUACACUUGGAUUUUUAAAGAGGGAAUAAUUGGGAACACCUCUGAGCUGUUGAUCUCGAAUCUGUCUCUCAACGACACUGGGGAUUAUACCUGCAGUGCUUUCAAUGUUGAGACUAAUCUCAGCAAAAGUGCAAGCCUCCUUGUUGAGGUGUAUGGUAAGUAUCUCUUCAGGGAACCCAGCUUGGUGUUUUCCGCUGUGGCAUCAAACGCCACCAGUUUGUCUGCAUUCUCUUUGGGGCAGCUCCCCGUGCUGCCCACUGUCUCCUCAUCUGUCCUUUCCAACGUCCAUAUUCAUCAAGACUUCCGUGAGUCUCUCAAGGAGAGAUCAUGCUGGCCUGUAGCUUGCAACUUCCUAUGCUGGGUGCAGCUGUUAGCCUGGAUUAUAUUUGGUUUACAGGAACUUCCUUUAUUUUCUACUCAUUUUGCCUGAUGCCUGCAGGAAUUAAGGGGUGAUAUGAUAGCCAUGUUCAAAUAUAUAAAAGGAUGUCACAUAGAGGAGGGAGAAAGGUUGUUUUCUGCUGCUCCAGAGAAGCGGACACGGAGCAAUGGAUCCAAACUACAAGAAAGAAGAUUCCACCUAAACAUUAGGAAGAACUUCCUGACAGUAAGAGCUGUUUGACAGUGGAAUUUGCUGCCAAGGAGUGUGGUGGAGUCUCCUUCUUUGGAGGUCUUUAAGCAGAGGCUUGACAACCAUAUGUCAGGAGUGCUCUGAUGGUGUUUCCUGCUUGGCAGGGGGUUGGACUCGAUGGCCCUUGUGGUCUCUUCCAACUCUAGGAUUCUAUGAUUCUAUGAAUGGUCAGACAGUACCAAAAAAUGGAGCGUUAAAUAAUGACAAGAAUCAUGACUGGUGGUAGGGUGUUGCCGCCGCCGUUUUAAUAACAUAUACACAGCUAACUUGAUAGUUGAAACAUGCCAUGUAGUCCUAACUUGAUAACCCAGAGUACUAACUUGGGUAUAUUAUAUUCUGUCUACAUCUGGGAACGGGGGGUGGGGGAGAGAAUCCCAUAUAAUGUUCCUUUGUGUACCAUGCUUAUUUAGAUUAGGAGGUGAGGAACCUUUCUUCUGUGGCGGCUGAGUUGCUUUUCCUUAGGAGUAAUCUGUUGGGACAUGGGUGGGUUAAACCACAGAGCCUAGGGCUUGCCAAUCAGAAGGUUGGCGGUUCGAAUCCCCGCGACGGGGUGAGCUCCUGUUGCUCGGUCCCUGCUCCUGCCAACCUAGCAGUUCGAAAGCACAUCAAAGUGCGGGAAGGUAAACGGCGUUUCCGUGUGCUGCUCUGGUUCGCCAGAAGCGGCUUAGUCAUGCUGGCCACAUGACCCGAAAGCUGUCUGUGGACAAACGCCAGCUCCCUCGGCCAGUAAAGCAAGAUGAGCGCCCCAACCCCAGAGUCGUCUGCGACUGGACCUAAUGGUCAGGGGUCCCUUUACCUUUAAUCUGUUUGUAGCUGGGGCUGUUCUUUUCUUCCUCCCCACCCAUCGGGCUGCAGGGGGAGGGACAGCUUGAGCUCAGAGGUCUGAAAUGAGAGCUUUCAAAGCCCCCCUUCCCUCCACACUUCUUCCAUUAGCAUGAUCUCUAUUGGCUCACCACCCACCCCUGUCCUGCCUCCUGCUCUUUCUCUAGGCACACAUCCACAAAAUUUGGCUGAGGGCCACUUGUCUCCCACCCCAGAUCUUUAGCAUGUAAGUUUCUUAUGCAACAUAGACCUUUAGCAUGUAAGUUUCUUAUGCAACAUAGACCGCGCUGGAAUGUUAAUGAGAUUCUGUUAGCAUAGCUUAGUGAUGGGACUCUCACUUUGCAUUGUGUAUUGGAAUGAUCUGCGUGAUCCAAACUUCUAGGCCAGGGGUUCCCAAACUGGUCUGUGGACCACCCGUGGUUUGCAAGCUUCAUUCAGGUGUUCUGCAGAGUGUUUAUGGAAAAACACCAUUUGAAUUCUAUGUUAGUAGCCCCCUCCAACGACCACUUUGAAAAUUGCUGAGGGUCUUAGUGUGGACUCCAAAGCUUUCUCCACUUCUGUGAUGAACUGGGAAAGAGUCACUCUGCAGCAUGUGGAGUGGUUGCCAUCAGCCGCAGCUUAGCCUGGUCUCUGUGCAGAUCUUGGACUCCAAAUACGAAUGAGAUGCUGGGAUUCUGGCAGUUUCGGGUUGGGAGGGAAGACGCACUUUAGAGCAUAGUAGCAUGGAGUACCAGAAUAGUAACAGGAAGCAAACGGAUCUGAAAAAGAUCCAAGCCCUUGAGAAGACCGGCUCAGUGACUAAGCUAGAUUUAAUUCUUUGUUUGUUUGCUGGCAGAUCAUAUGCAACUGUUGCCUUGCCCUUUGGGCUGUGCCAACUUGACAGUUUUAAACCAGUGUGACUGGGAUUCUUUAUCCCCUGCUCUGUGCCUUCCAAGCAUGCAUUCAGUGCAUAGGAGUUACAAAUUCACAAAUUUUUCAGGGUUUUGCAUGAACCGUACACAAAUACACAACCAUUGUAUUUGAGAUUUCACCUUCUUGGAAAUGGCAACCAUGAUUAUCCCCAGUUGGGGGUUCUCCUGUAAAGAGAAACCGUUAUCCCUGCAAGUGCCAGAUUGCAAAGCUUUUAAAACAGUUUCUGCCCCUUACUACUGCAACAAUAUGUCUGGGAGUGUUUGGUAGAUAGUUGCUGAAAUUUCAGAAGCCAGGGAGGUCACUAAAAGAAUGGUUGCCAAUGCCUGGGGUUUGUCCUUACACAGGAAAACAUGAACCAAGAGAUUAUGCAGACCAAUACAAAUGAAAGGCUAAAUUGUGCAAAUCAGCGAAAUAAGUUGAACCUGCAUAAUUUCUUUUAUGUCACAGAAUUCAGGUUUUUUUGGGAGCAGAAUUGGGAUUCCCUAGGUAGAUGUAGAUUUUUUUGUUUGUUUGUUUUUAAAACAUGGAGUACACACAGCCCUGAUUCUCAGGUAACUAAUUGAUGCAAAAUGAUUGUGCGAAUGCCUCCUGUUAAGUUUCGGUUGGUUACUAGGUUAAUGUGUCACAGCUCUGCUCAGGUUCAGAGAGUCCUGUAUCUAGGUCUGCUUCCAACCCCCACCAGCCAUUGGGCGUUGAAGUUGUUGCUGGCUGUUUCUCUUGGUCGCAUUGUCACAUGCCACCCAGAACUGUGAACUGUCAUCAGCUCCAUUGCUGCUUCCUGGCAAAUGAGUUAGGCAAAAGCCUGCUCUUUCACAUCUGUUUGCUCUGUAGAAUUUGCAAAUCACUUCUUUGUGCUGUCUCAGUCCACUCUUUCACUUGUACCGGUAAUUUACCCCCAUCUAUCCAGCAUCCAUUGUCUAUGAAAAUGUGACAUUCCAGGUGUGUUUGUGUCCUCCAGGUUCUUUCCGCACGAUGCAUCUCAAACGCCUUUCUUUAAUCUUAGUUUCAGCAUUUCCUUAUUAUGCCAAUAAAGCUCAACCCUUGAACUGAGAUACAGCUUAGUGCUUUGUUUGUCACCCUGGGGGAUAUCCUGGCUGACUGAGUCACCUCUCUCAGUGAUAACAACUCUGUGUAGUGCAUCUGAGGUCUGUUCCUCAUCUCUCUUAUUCUCCCACCACCACCACCCCACCUCUGACUUAUGCGCUGCCCUCAUCAGUAUAAAAUCAGUAUAUCAGCCUUUCAAACCAAUUUACUACUUGUGGUUCCCAGGGACUGUAUCCUUGGAAUUCUCUGAAAGGGUUCCUAAUGAAUUCUUUUCGUUUUCCUCCUAAAAUUCAGUUCCCAUUGCUCCUUGCUGGCGUCGCUUUGCUUUCUUUUAAUUAAUUGAAUGCAUUCCCAAAUCCAAGAAAACCAAUUAAACAAGAGCACCCACACGUGUGAUUUAAUACAAAAAUCAAAAGCAUGUCUCUGAAUCUGAUAAAUCCUGCUGCACCACCGGAGGCGUCCCAGGGGACCUUGAGCCAUGGGGUAUUUUACAUCUGUUCGUUUCCUCCUCCACUCCUUUUUUUUAAAAAAAAACCUGUUUUAACUAUUUAUUUUACUUUGCUUAUAGGACGGCUGAGUGCAUUAUGAAGUGCAGUCGUGGUGAGGAAACCCCAGCCUCUCAACAUCUUAAUUUCCCAGAGGCAUCUCUACAUAUAAAUGAACAUAUGCAGAUUGCAUGGAAAUACGUGUCAGGGACCUGCACCCCUGUCCAUUCAGUUCCCUAGCAGUGACCCCCCCACACACACACUAUCCAAUAAACGUCUUGACCUUCCUCCUAGUGGUUAGGAGGACUCCUCAGUAGGUGCCUCUGCAGCUUCUUUGCUGACUCGCCUCCUGCUCUCUUCAAGCAAUGAGAGGAGCAGGUUCACCCUGUCACCAUCUUCCCCAAUGCAGGUGACCUCCAGAUGUUCUGAAUUACAGUCCCCAUCAGCUCCUGCUAACACAUCAGUGCUGGCUGGAGCUGAUGGUACUUGUAAUCUCAAACAUCUGGAAGGGCACCAGGUUGGGUUAGACUGCCUUGUCUUCUCUCUCUCUUUCUCUCUCUGAGAGGUGGUGCCGAUUUGGCCCAGGAGAAGAGACAAGCUAAUGGUCAAUGGGCAGGUUAAAUGGUGCCUGUUCAGGAAGAGGGCCCAACUAAGAGCAUCUUGCCCCAGGACCCUCGGGAACCUCGAAGCAUCACUGCAUGCAGUGCAAUUGCCCAGGAUGUUCUGCACAGCCUCGUGGAAGAACCCUGGGAAAGCUUUCCUGCUCGCUCCUGCAAAUUGCAUAAACUUCCCCGACACUUCAUUAAAUCACUUAGCAGCACACUCCCCAUAUUAACAUUCCCUUUACAAAAACCCCACAACAGCCUAUUAUGUGACGCCAUCAGCAACUGGUGUCCAACUACUUUUAAAUGGGCAAGGGACGGACACCCGAGAUUGAGCACUAAUAGGGCUUAAAACUGACCACGGCAACAUAGAGGUUGUAAAAAAAAAAAUUCAAAUCACCUUGUUUUUGUAAAAUGUCUCUGGGUUAUAGCAGUCGCUGGCGCCACUUAAUUGCUAAUUUCAAAGCAUGAGGUCAGUCGCUGUCUCAACUACUCUCAUUUCAAAAUUUCAUUAAAUCGCAGUUUGCAAAUUCCAUGUAAAUUGCUGCUAAGAAGAGGCCUUUGGAGAGCAGCUGCAGGAAGCUUCUAGCUCACUUGCUUCCUCCUCGAGAUUGUCUUGCCUGGAAAUGCUGCCAAAAUGUAUCUCCUCCAACACACACACACACACACACCCUUUCCGUGUGUUCUCUAUAAUGCAACAGAGACAACGGUGCCCAAAACAACCCACGGCCCUAGCAAUUCAGUACGUAACUCCUUGAACACUUUCGUAUAGCAAUCUUGAGCUAUGCUUUCACAAGAAGCAGGAUUCUGCUUUAAAAGGGACAGGAUUUCCGACACACUCCAGAGGCAAAGUGCUGCACUUUCCCUAAUAACCACACUUGAAGAGACCCUGCCCAGGUUUAGGACCCAUGAGGACCCACAAAACAUGACCCUCUUUCUGUUUUGUGUGCAGAAACCCUCUCCAGUCCAGUCCUGUUGCCUGCAGAAGCCAUAGUGGCAGAGAAUGCAAACGUCUCCUUGCAGUGUAACACCUCCAACAGCCCCGAUGUCAACGUCACCUGGUUCAAGGACAGUAACCCUGUCCCAGAUAAGGCUGUGCUUUUCAACAGGAACCGAACCCUCACUCUAACUGCCGUCUCCAAAGAUGAGGAAGGGAUGUAUACAUGUAAAGCUACCAACCCUGUCAGCAAUGCCACAAGCAACCCCAGUAAGAUUAGCUUGGCAUGUAAGUAACCCUGGUUUGAAAAUGCUUGGUGGCUCCUUUCUCCUUGCCAUUGCUGCAUGCAUUUGGCAGGGAGGGCAUCUGUGAGUCCUAAUGGGGAUUUCCUCUCUCCCUUGAUCUCCCCACCCCUGGUCUUUCUGAAAUAAGAGGUGCUGGCGCUCGAAGCAUACUUGGAGGCUAGGAGCCCCCUAUUCCCUAACCCUGAUGUGUGGAGGUAGCUCGUGGGGAGGCGGGAAAAGUACUCUGCAAAUGCUGGCAGAUGCUGUCUCCUUUAUUAAUAAAGGCCUGCCUUCUAAAUAAUAAUUUAUAAAUAAUAAAUUUAUUAUUUAUACCCCGCCCAUCUGGCUGGGCUUCCCCUGGGCGGCUUCCAAAAAAAGAUAUUAAAACACUGCAAUACAUCAAACAUUAAAAGCUUCCCUAAACAGGGCUGCCUUCAGAUGUCUUCUAAAAGUCUGCUAGUUGUUGUUCUCUUUGACAUCUGGUGGGAGGGCAUUCCACAGGGCGGGCGCCACUACCGAGAAGGCCCUCUGCCUGGUUCCCUGUAACUUGGCUUCUCGCAGUGAGGGAACUGCCAGAAGGCCCUCGGUGCUGGACCUCAGUGUCCGGGUAGAACGAUGGGGGUGGAGACGCUCCUUCAGAUAUACUGGACCGAGGCCGUUUAGGGCUUUCAAGGUCAGCACCAACACUUUGAAUUGUGCUUGGAAACGUACUGGGAGCCAAUGUAGGUCUUUCAAGACCGGUGUUAUAUGGUCUCGGUGGCCGCUCCCAGUCACCAGUCUAGCUGCCGCAUUCUGGAUUAGUUGUGGCUUCUGGGUCACCUUCAAAGGUAGCCCUACAUAGAGCACAUUGCAGUCCAAGCGAGAGAUAGCCAGAGCAUGCACCACUCUGGCAAGACGGUCCGCGGGCAGGUAGGGUCUCAGCCUGCGUACCAGAUGGAGCUGGUAGACAACUGCCCUGGACACAGAAUUAACCUGUACCUCCAUGGACAGCUGUGAGUCCAAAAUGACUCCCAGGCUGCGCACCUGGUCCUUCAGGGGCACAGUUACCCCAUUCAGGACCAGGGAAUCCUAAAGCUAAGCCCCAGGAUUGAAAAUGGCUUCGGAGAGCUGAGCCCCAGCGAACACUUUCUCAGAUUAAGCCCUAAAUCUGGUUGGCCAGCUCUCUUCCUGCGUUUGGGGUGGUGUACAGACACAGGGGGGCAGGACGACACAAACGCACCUCUCCCCUGUUUCCACCCCUUGGUCCUGAUUCUACUUGCUUUCCUUUCUAGAUGGGCCAAAUAACGUUAAGCUGAACCAAACAGGAACCGUAACUCUAAAACUAGGUUCCCGUUUGGCUCUGCUGUGUACUGCAGAGUCCCUACCCGAAGCCCAGUUUCGGUGGUUUUUCAAUCAUACUAAUAUGAAUGUGACGGCGAACACCUUCAGCACAGACUUAACAGCCUGGGAAGAUGGAGGCAAUUACACCUGCCAGGCUUACAACAGCGUCGUUAAGAAGCUGGCCUCAGCAUCUGUCAGUGUGAAAUUGACAACGCAGGGUGAGUCCCUUGACAAGCCCACAUUUGUCUCUUGUCCCACCAGCAUUUUGAAUGUCCCACAGUCUCCCCCUGGACCUGGUUAUUUGGAAAUGUGGCCAAUCUGAGUGGAAUUAACAGAGGAGGACGCAACUGACUCUUUUUGCGGGCAGAAAAGGGUGGUAUCUAAAGUCAGCUGCACCAAGAUCUCAUUGAAACCAGUUGAGUGAGUUCAUCCUGACAACUCCCCGUGAUCUCAGUGGAACUAGGUGGAACUGGAUCCAACCCAAAGGUCUUGUUUAGGCUUUCCCUUGCUCCUGCGCCUUUCAUUAUUUAAAAAAACAUAUACCCUGCCUUUCUAGGCGAGAUGGCCAUGCAGGACUAUUAACAGUGUCACAAAAUAAAGCACGACAAGCAAGAUAAGAUAUAAUCAAACAAUAAACUGCGUUAAAAAAAUUAAACUUUAACUACAGCCUGAAAACGUAAUAGCUUCGGUUUUCCCCACCCUGCAUUGUUGCAGCUCUUUACUAGCAAAAUCUUCACCUGCUGGGUUUCUGGGUGUCCGACUGCAGUUUAAAGGCACAGAUUACGCAGGGCCAGGUUUAAAAAACAGAAGAGGCAGACCUUGUUAUCUAUUCUUGCACCUGAAUGCUAGGGAAAAACUUUGUGGCAAAUUUCUGUAGUCUUUAGUAUUAAGGGUUUUAUGCAGCGAGAUGUUUUCUUUUGGAGUAGGAAUGAUGAUCCGGAGAUGUGUGGACAUUGGUUUAGAAGCUGCUCAGAAGUACAAAAAUGAUACAGGUUGCCUAGGCAUUGUAGAAGAGGUGCAGCAAGUGCAAGCCAUGGGUUUUUUUAUUCUUCUUGUGGGGCUACCCAUGUUACUUUAUACACCUGGUCUUCCCACAUUCUAAAUCCCUUAGGGAGCCCACAUGGGUAGAAAGGGCUGCCUGCUCCAGAAGUUGUCCCUCCACACAGGACGAGCCACAGGUCAUCCGGGAUGGAGCCUCCACACACCCUUUGUAUCUGUGUUGCCCCUGUGCAUGUGAUGUGUGAAGAGACCUACUGGUUUGCAAGGUACAGAGCUACUCUCUGUUCUGCAGCCUGAGAACCCUAUUUCUUGUGGUGGUUCUGGUUUGCCGAUUUGUUUGCUUAGCAUCAUCCAUAGGCAUGGCGUGAAUUUGUUAAUAUUGACUCACUACCAACCCCCUGGUUACAGGAACAAAUUUAGAUGUUUGUUAAUUUUCAUCUUCGUUCUCGGCGUUUGAAAAGUCCAACAGCUUCCUCUUACAUGCAUCAGACCAAAAUGCGACACAACCUCUCAGCUUAGAGCUGCAAAUUUGAAGCAAAUAAGAAACGGCCUUUAAGAUGCAGAAAGAUUGGAAACCUAAGUGUAAUAUAAGCAGCUGUAUAUUGCUUUUUAUUAGAUAUUGUUAUUUUUAUUAAAUCGGGUUUUUUUGUGAUUGUGCUUUUAGCAAUUGUAAGUUUUUAAACUGUAUCUAAUGUUGUAUUUUAAAUUGUUGUCAUCCACCCUGGGACUGUAGGGUGAAGGACGGAUUAUUAUUAAUAAUAAUAAUAAUAAUAGUCAUAGAAUAAUAUGAACCAGAAACAGAUUCCCUUCUUCUCCUGUGCAUCAGAGGGCUCCAAAAUCAUUUGACCGUAGUGUGUUUCACACGGAACGCUAAGCCAAAGUAUGACUAAGUAUUAAUGAGCAAGCGUGUGGGUUGCUCAACACUAGGGUUGCCAUAUUUCAAGAGCUGUUGAGCUUUUUUUGGCAAUGUCCAGGAAAUUCCAAACAUAUGGCAACCCUACUCAACACUAUCUAGAGCUAAGCCAUGGUUUGUCGUAGCUCAUGUUCCAAACCCAGGCUCAUGACUUGUCUUCCUCAAGCAAACCACAAGCUGUAAGCCAAGAGCAAACCUUGGCUACAUCCCCUGGGUUUGUUUGGAGUGAGAGAAACCACCAGCCCAGGUACACACAAAACGCUAAGUCAAACCAUGACUUAGCUCCUGGUAGGAGAGCAGCAGCCAGGCUAGGGAGGAGGUAGCCAUCACCAACUUGAAUAACCUCUGAGUAGAUAUGUAUAAUGAGUAUGGGUUGCUCGUGCGUAAGUUGCUGCCUCUCCAGGCUUUGUUGCCUUGCUAAACCUUUCAGUCUGGGCAGCCCUUCACUUCGUGGCUGCCUCAGUCGCUAGCAGAAUCCGUCAGUGGGCGUUUCUUAAAUCUUUUCCAACAUAAAAGUUGUUUGACACCCAGUCUCCUCCUACUCUCUCUGCGCGGAAGUCUUCUGCGCAGGGUGGGCGUGGGUAGCGGGGAACCAGUGCUCUCCCCGCUGGUGUCCGGUGAAGAGUCCUGGAGCCCUCUCGCCGAUUCCCCCAUCAGCCCCUCCUUAUCCCUGGUGCAGCGCUGAUUUGCUUCCCCAUCUGCGGAGCUGCCUCUCUCCCUGCUGGGCCCUUCUCCAGCAUCAUUUGAGAGCCUUCCCUCCGCCUCUAGCUCCGAUGUCAGUUCCCUGACAAUAUGGUUAGGGACUGCACUGUUAGUUUCAAUUUACAAAGCCCUAUAGAGCUUGGGAUGAGGAUAUUUGCAGGACUUCCUCCUCCCGAAUAGGCUGCCCAUGUCACUAUGGCCUAAAGAUGGGAACCCCCUAACCAUAUCAGACCUUUAUGAAGGUUACAUUCAUAAGAGUCGACAGGACCUUUUCUGUUGUGGCUCCUACCGUGUGGACUGCUCACUCUCCCUAUUAGGCCAGCCUGGCUGCUUUUGCCAGCCGUUAAAGAUCUGUCUCUUUGCCCUGGCCUUGCCUGACCUCUAGUACUUGGCUGAUUUUUCUGGUUUUGUUGAAUCCCAUAAGGUUUCUGGGUUGUGAACCGUUUUGCUAUUACAGCAAAUGAAAAGUGUUGUAGAAUUUAUUUUAGAAUUAAUCCUAAGGCCAGCGCUUGUGGGGAAAGGGGAUAUGAAGUGAAAGCUUGAGAAGCCUCGCUGCACCCACACCACAUAUAAACCUGGGGUAAAGUUGCCUCCUCUUUUUUCACUCCUGCCCCUUUGCUUUGUUAACAGUAGUCAGACCAUGCAGAAAACAAGCUGGUGAAGUUUUCCCCACCAUCACCACUUACCUCCAUGCCAUUAAAAAGUUCACUGUCUGAAUUUCUGUUUGUCAGAGUGACGUUGAAGGCACAGGAGCUAGGGACGCUAAAAUAAAUCAACAGGUGACAACCUUGGAUAGAGGUUCCAAAAGAAUGAUUUAGUAAAGGGAAAGGGGCAUUACAGUCAUAGAGUUGGUUUUCUUUGCGGGGGGGGGGGGGGGACUUCUGCAUAUCAACCUAAGCAUGUUGUGCUUCCUUUUUCUGGUUAUAACUUUUGAUAGAAUACAGAUAAUUGAACAAACUUGGUUGCAUUACACUCUUCAUUAAAUUAUCUUUCCAUUGAUAUAUAAUUUUAUGGUCUUACUCCCCCCUCCCCCCAAAAAAUGGUGUUAUGAGACAUCUCAUCUCGGAAAUACACUUUUCCCAAAAGGUUUCCAUAAUUUUGGCCACUAGUGUAUACUGUACUUUCCAAAGUUCACGAUUCCUCUUGUUCCCCUCUUCCAGAAUCAACUCCAUCAGGUUCGGGUCUCAGUCCAGGACAAAUUGCUGGAAUUGUCAUAGGUUGUGUGCUUGGAGUAGCACUCAUUGGAGGUCUGGGAUAUUUCCUGUUCACCAAGACUGCCUUGGGGUAAGUUUGCCAUCCCGUUCAUCUUGGAUUGGGGUUCCCUAUUUGCCAUCUGAAUUUACCAUCUCCCCAGCUUCUCUAGGACCUUCCUGCUCUAUUUACCUGGUUUGAUUGGUCUCUCUGCUCACGCUCGGGGUUUGAGGCUGUCUCAGGGGUGCGGGUUUCUUUACUGUCUCUCCAGCCUGGGUCGGAGCCCUGUCUUACACAUCUCUUGGAAGAACCAAGUGUGUCCUGCUGUUCAUGCCUCCCAGCCAAAGCACAGACACUAACCCGGAUUGCCAGAUUCAAGAUGGGGCAGGGGAAGAAACUUCUGCUUCCACUGUGACACUUGGAAAGAACUUGAAUAAGUUGCAGCGGCUGAAAUUCCCCGCUUCUGUAUAGCCUGUCAAAAGACACAGAAGGCCUGCCCUCUGUUGAAUCUGGUGACUCCAAAAGCACACACAUUUUAUUUCUUGAUUUAUAAAUAAAUUUAUUUAUUAUAACAAAUAAGUGCAUACUGCUGUAAUAUAACAAAUUCAUCAAAGCAGUGUACAGCAAUAAAAGCAUAAAAUCAUACAGUGAAACCACUAAAAGCAUUCAAAAAGUUUAAAACACACAUAUGGAGCGAAUGGAUAAUUAUGAUUGGAUAGACCCUUUUUUAAAAGUGUUAAGUCUUAAGCAUUGUUGAUGAUAUGUUUAGGCAACAAUAUUAAGUAUGGACCUGCCAAACUUUCAGCUAUCUGGGACCCUGAAAAGUCAAAUACAUAUGUAAGUGGGGAGAUCGUAAGGGGUGAGGUAGGAUGAUGAUAGUGGCAAAAUUUCAAAGACUGACGGUGUUCACGGGAGGAGAAAAUUCGUCUCCUGAACUCGGAACAGACGUAUAAAGGUCGGGGGGGCGUGUCUGAAAGACAGAGAGACUGGGGGGAGGUCUUCAGAUCAUCUCCAAUACUUGCCAUAGGCAAGACAAAACAAGGCUGGCCCAUGGCUACUGGUUUUUGCUCGUAACCACAUAGGGGUGUGCCCUAGGCCUAUUCUCAGUUCACACAGGGAAACACUGAGGCCCCCCAAGGCCUUGCCAGUGCCCUUUUAUGACCAGUUGAGGACCCUUCAACUCUGUAGAUGUUGUUGGACUACAACUUACACCAUCCCUGACUAGUUGCCCUGUUAGCUGGGAAUCAUGGGAGAUGUAGUCCGGCAGCAUCUGAAGGGCCGGAGGUUGCCUGUGAACUGAGUGCGCUCUUUAGAACGUGUCCCAGAAUUCCCUGCAAUUUACCGGGGUUUCCUUUGCUGGCACAUGAGGGUUCCCUUUGCAAACCGGUCAAUACAGGGAAGGUUCUGUCAGUGUAGAAAGUUUGGAAACCACCACUGGUGUGGCCAAGGGCAAGAUAAAAAUUGGAUGGAUGACUAUGUGGCAGAAAGAAAGCGAAUGAGAUUUAUUAUUUCACGUGACUGGUCACUAGUAUAGGACGAGGGAUAAUGUACUGGUUCUGUUGUUGGGGGAGAGACCCCCUGCUUGCUAUAGGAUCAAACAGUGUCUGCUGUUUACCUAGGAGGACGGAACAACACUCAUCUAAUGGAAACAUACCCUCAGCUCCCGGCCGCAGUAAGUAUCAGCCCAACGGGCUGGGCCGGGGUCUGUGUGACGCAUGUUGUGUGCUCUAUGUUACUCUCCCCGGCCACCAUCACUCCGUUUAAGCUGAGCCUUUAUACUUCACGAAGAAGGUAGAUGGCCUUCCCAUGCACUUCUGUGCCAAAGCAUGGGCAAGUAGGACCGCUCCAUCCCCAACCCAGAUGCAUCAUGGGAAACUCCUGCUUAAUCCGUUUCAUGGGAACGGGGAGAAAGGACUCUACACCUGCUCCAGCUCCCAUUUCCAAGAGACUGGCUGGGGGAAUCUCUUCCCUAACCCCUCCUGGGGAGGGGAAAGGAAGCUGCUGUUUUCUGUGGAGUGUGGGUAUCUUCCUGUCCCCUGUCGCCCUCUCCGCCCACCCCACAAAAACCCUUCAUCGUCUUUUUGGGAUUCCUGCUGUGGCUCUGUAGCCAGCCUGGUGGUGGAAAAGCUCACGAGAGGGGACUUGCAGGAGGUGAUGGGGCUCGCCAGACUGGUCUCUCCAGAGAACGUCUAUCUCUGCCCUCUGCACCGCCACCGUAAUUUUCCUGGAAUCAAGUCUAUCCAAGACCAUUCUUUGCCUGCUUCUUUAAUCAUGCUUGGGGUUUGGUGCGAAGCAAGGAACGGAAGUGAAGAAUUGAGGGGUGAGGGUGGAAGCAGGUGGCUCCCUUCCUCUACUCCCUACAUUGGCCUUGGAGUGCUCAGGUGGACUCAGCACAGGUAGGAAGAUGCAGCAGGUGGGGCUGGAGCAAGGGGGAAGGGUGUGAGAUGGGGAAAAGACUGGGGUGAGGAGGGGACGGUCUACAUGCACACACACAUCCCCACUCCUGUCCCACCUGUCCAGCUGAUGGACUGUUACCUUGCUCACCUUUGGUCCCCACCCUGCAUUCAGCUCUCACCUGGGGCUCCUAGAAGGUGUCAGCAGGUGACAGCAACCACACCCUGGAUACAGCUUCAACUGGCUGGCUAAACCAGGUGAGGGUAGCCAAUGGAUCUCACACCCUCAGUGAGCUAGGGACUUUCCCCUGCAUGCGAAGACAGACUCUGGCACAUGGAGCAGACGAUAUCAAAAGUGGGUCCAACGGUCAAGAAGGCAGUUCCUGCACGUGCUGUUGAGGGAAGUGAGGGGCAGGUGGGGCUCAUCCAUCUGGGACAGAAGCCCAUUUAGGAGAAGGAAAACUCUGAUCCUAAACCUCUGCUGCCUUGUGGGAUAUCUUCUGGAGAAGAACAGACUCGGGAGUAAACCCUACACAAAUCCAGAGUGGAGUCCCUAAAACGGUUGGCGUUGUACAACUCCUGCAGCAUCGCUGGCGCCAAAUGUCUUGCUCUGCUUUCCUUUGGACCACAUCAGCGAGGCCAAGAGGGCGGUCUGGUCAUGUGGGCAGUGCAGAACCUCUAGGCACACUUGGAUGCUGCUCACGCAGCGCUUUGACAUCACUCCCGGAGGCGCACUGUCUCUCAAGACAGACAGAUGCCUAAACACACAUUGCCAUGUGUAGGAUUGCCAGUCUGGGCUUAGUGUAGGCUUCUGAGGUUUUAAGAGUUGCCCGAAGAGAGAAUGUUUACCUGCUAGGCCUCCCCCCUCCCCUUUCACUAAACUGUGGUUUAGUGAAAGUAGCAGCUGUGCAUACCCGGUGGACCUCUCCUUUCUAUGCAGCCCUCAAAGUGGGGGUAGCUAAGCUGUGCCACCCCACCCCCCAGAUCCUGUUGGACUCUCCCAUUGGGAGCCCAGCAAUGUCUGGAUGGCACAUGGUCAGAGAGGUCAGCCCUAAAGGAAUACGGCCCUUUAGGAGAUUCCUGAUACCAAGGGGGAAAUCCCGGCCAGGCACCUUCAUUGCUUACCACGUUACUAAUCCAGCUCACGCCAUUUGUCCUGUCUGCUUCCGCUAAUCCAGUGGGAGUCCCCGCCCCACUGUGGUCCAAGGGCAGAGGGUUGUGGGUUUUCAGUGUCUCCUGCUUGGCUCCCGUGGGCUUGUGUUCAGGCUCUGUCUGUUGUACCUGCCAGUUCCCUGAUACUCUCUCUCUGUCCUGUCUCUGUCAUUUCAGACCAGGGCGUCACUGACACCAAACCCACACCGGUAAGGACGGAAUCAUGAUAUUGAAGUCCGUAUCAUGAUAUUGGUUUCGUAAUUUUUGACCUGGCAAUAUCUUGCAAAUCAUGAUGUGUGUGUGUGUGUUUGUGUGUGCUAUCCAAAAAUCACAAUGUGGGAGAAACCGUGAAGCCAGCCAAUGCCUCAACAUAGCUCCAUCCUUAUUUCAGACAUUGUGAUAUAUCGGUACAUUGCAAUGUUUAGCUGGUGAUAUAUCACAGUGCUGAAAACCAGAUAUCGCCCAGCCCUAGAGAGGUCUGGGGGCUUCCUGAGCCCAUUCCCAAUCCUGGAACAAGGAAGCAGCCCCAACUCUUUGACAUGCCAACAGCAGCUUCAUCUGCAGAACAUAGCAAUGUGACAACGACUCAAGUUCUUGAUGGGGACAAGAAGUUUGGAUUGCCUUGAUGGUGGCAAACUGUCCUUCAUUAGAGAUCUCCAGGCAGAAGCUGCACAGGUCCACCUAGCAUAGAUGCUGUAGUAGUGGAUUUCUUGCAUCAGCAGGUCGUGGGAUGGGUGACCCCCGAGGUCCCUUCCAAAUUUUCAGAAGCAUUAUCAUGGUUAACAAACAAUCUGCCUCUCCCCACCCAUGUGUUCUGGUCACUUGGUAUCCUAGCCCUAAUGAUCCAGGAUUCUGGCCUGAGAGGUGAGUGGACUUUGGUGCCCGUACAGCCAAACUACCCUGGGGAUGUCUUGCUUGCUCCAGGGUAAGUGAGGUAAGUCUGUACAGUCUGCUGGUCAACGUAGAGUUUAAUUUUACACGCUUCUAGCACCUCUGAGGGAAUUAGAUGUGUGUCUCUCUGAGUAGGAGGAGAGGGCUCCCUAAAGGGGAACUAGGAGCUAGUUGCUAGGAGAUUCAUAAGCUUCUCUUUGGCCUCCACCUCACCUGUUUGGAACGGCCUCCCCUGGGAGGUGAUGGACUCUCCUUCCCUGGAGGUUUUUGAGCAGAGGUUGGAUGGUCAUCUGUCAAGGAUGCUUUAGCUGACAUUCCUGUAUUGCAGGACCCUUGAGAUCCCUUCCAACUCUACGAUUCUGUGAUUCCCUCAUCGCAUUCAAGUAGAAUCGCCACCUUUUAAACUGGACCUGCUCAUGUGCAGUGGGUAGGGGGCUUGGGGCUCAGGUGGUGCUGGCUAAUGGCUUAGCCACCCUUACUUUUUGCCCUUCUCUUUCCAGGCACAGGUCCACGCUUUAAAACUUGAGCUCCUUUCUUUUGCCCCGGAGCUUUCCCCGCAAAAUCUAACUAUUUGAAGCUGAAGCGCAGCAAAUGGCCAUUCAAGUUUUCUGUGGGUUGCCAUUUGCUCCAAUUCAGCUUUAAAGAGCAGGUUCUUGUGCAGAAAGCUAUGGAUAAAAAAAUUAAAAAAAAGGAUGCUCGGACACAGAGCUUUAAAGUGUGGACCGUUCCUGGAAAGCAUGGAGGAAAAGUUAAGUGUGGAUAAGCUGUAAGUGUUGGCCAGCAGAGGAGGAAGACCAGAGCAAAAACAGCCAGAAGCAAAAACUAGACAACCUAGUAAGCUUAAAAGUAAUCUUAAUUGGGCAGAUUGUUAAAUUCCAAUGAAAUGUUUCAAAAUAUCAAAAUAAGAAUUUAGUUCUUGGCUGUUACCCUGGUACUUUUACACUCGCUGGCUGGAUCACUGGAAGUUUGAUGUUUCCUGAGUAACAGAUUGAUUAUCGAUUGCAUGCUUUUCCUUAUAACCUUGUGUGCUGCUGUUUGCUUUUCUUAAUUCCUAUGAAAACUGGAGAUUCGGGGAAGGGCCUUUCAAGAUCCCAGGAGGGGCUGCUCCGCCCACAGGCCCACCUGUGGCAAGGGCCCUGCCUUCGAACCUUCCUUUGCUCCCUCUGACUCCUUCUGAUGUUCUCUUGCAGGGUGAAGAGGACAUACAAUAUUCAACACUAGCCUUCAAGGCCAACCACCCUCCUCAGCCACAGCCAGCGGCCGCCCGGCCUUUGGAAAGCAACAUAAUAUACUCAGAAAUUAAGAAGAAAUGAUCAGAGAUGAAUCUCCCCUAAUGGGCUCACCAGUGCAAACAUCCCCUAUGACUCACCUCUGCUUCAUUUGCCUGGAUUUUAUUUUGGUUGGGGUUUUUUUAAAAAAACUGUUGCCUCUUCUGAAGAUAAGACUAUCGGUCCCUCCCUUACACACACACACACACACACACACACACACACACACACCACUCAAAUGGUUCUCCUCUACCAACCUGAGCUGAAAACAAAAAAAGCAGAAGUUUGUCUCCACGCCCUGCCACCUUCUGUAAUUGAGGGUAGGGUUUGGAAUGGAACCAAACCGUUUGAAAGCAGGCCUUUCUUCCACCCACCCUGCCGUGGCUGGCAUGCAUGACAAGAAGGAGGCCGUUUCAUCCUCGGAUCUGUGUGGGGACAAACUAGAAACAUUUUAGAUACCUCUUUUCCCUUUCACUCUCUCUCUCUUCCCAUCCUGCUAUCGUUUCACUUCCUGGCUGUGCCAAACCUCCCUUCUUUCUCCUGUCCCUCGGGUUGUGGUGUCGCUAGGCAGCCGUGUGGCUGCUGCUCCCUCAGGCCUACCCCAGACACCACAAGCCCUCCCUGAGGGAGCUGGAUUCCAGGCACCGGCGAAGAAAGCGCUCGAUAUCCGGGAAAGUGUGCACUGGGAAACAGGCUGGUGUGGCAGCUGUGUCCAGGACCAGUCUGGACUGGAGAGAACCUUUGCUUCUGAUGCCUCCAUCUGACUCCAGAUGCUUCUGAGCUUAUUCUUUUUUGAGGAGGCAUAAAAACUUGCUUGGGGGUCAGGCCAGACCCGUGGACCCCUCUUACUGUCCAGAAUGAACUGGCAACAUCUCAACAAGACAGCAACACCCCUCGCCCUGCAGUCUGGCUAUUGGCUUCAGCUAUUCUUUUGCUCAUGUGAAUUUGAAAGUGCCCUAUGUGUGGAUAUGGAACUCGAGGUGACGUGUGGGUGGGAGGGAGGAUUUGUGGUGGCAAAGCCAUAAUUAUUUCCCCUCUGCCUAGUAAGGCCACCGGUCAUCCCCUCUUCACCACCCAUCUCAUGAUUAACCACCAAAUUCAGUCUAUAACAGAAGGAGCAAGAUGCUUUUGCAGAGCAGAUAUGUUAAGCACAUCAGGCUGCUAUAGAACAUGGGGUGAGUUGAGGCAUCUUGAAUAGAUUCCCUUCCAUGUUUCUCCAGCUACGUGGUGUCUAGAAAUGGAAGAGAACUGUGCCAAAUGUCUGGAGGCUUAGAGCACUGGAUAGGGGUUAGGAAGCCACCACUCGUGGAAGAGGAAGAGAUCCAAUGUCUCCCCGUGUCCCCUGGGCGACCACAGAGCCAGUGGGCAAAGCACUGGGGUUGGUUGCAAGAACUAUGAUGCUCACUGAGCAGCCUUGAGCAAGUUAACUACCCCUCAGACUAACCUCCUUUGCAGAAUCAUUGUGGGGCUACAGUGAGAUAAGGCUAUAACAAUAAUAAUGCCUGGAACCAGCAGGAAAGGACAGGGGGAACGGGUCUCAGGAGAUUAAUUUAUUUUAAUUGCAGGUGUAGAAUCAGGGACUGCGGGGUCUGCAUUCUAGAUUAGCUCAACUCCCACGCUGCAAAGAAACGUCUCAGAAUGGGCAGGCGAACUGCAAAAUUCAACGAAGUGUGGCAAGGAAGGAAGGAGGAGGGCGCUUAACAGCGAGCAGUUGUCCGUUUUGCUUCAAACAUCAGCACUGGUUUCACAACUAGCCAGCUUCUAGCUAAUGAGGCAGACAUGCCGGGCACUGUUGAUGUUAGCCUGAGCCAAAGGCAGACCUUGUAAAAUCUCUGAUGGGAACGAGAGGGGAAUCCCAUGCCUUCUGCUCCCUCGUCGUGUUGUUUGGGUGUGCGUUUUCCUCCACCACCACUCCAUGCCAUAAGUUUGUCAUCUUUGACAGAGAGUGCCCCUUUGCUGCGAUAGCAUCUCGUACACUCUGGGCCUCACUAAUCGUUGGGUGUGGCUGGAAGACGGCAUGUAUUCACGUUAAGCUUCAGGACGGAAGGACAAUGGAACAGUGUUUGGAACAAGCGCCGGGCUCAUCAUGCCCCAGUUAACCCAUGCGUCGUUCUCCCAUCUUGAGGAGGCCUGGCACAGUCGUCUGCAAUGAAGGAACCCCCACAAAAGAAAGCUUGUCUCCCUCUUGCAUCCGGUUGGCACCAGGCCUUUCAUAUGAUUACUUGGUGUCCUGCGGGACAGGAGAAGCAGAGAAGGCCGCUCAGAUCUGAGCAAGAGGAGAGUGAACAUUGGAACGCAACGCUGAUUGUGGAAAUUUGGGCUGUUAUUCUGGUUGUAAAAUGAUGAAUAAUUUUGUUUUUAAUAAUAACGAUAAUAAUAAAUUGAGAAUGGAAAAGAC